GUCUGACCUCCCACCGGAGGAGUGGCGUUGACAGAAGGAUGGUCCAGCUGAUAGAGGCGGCAGCAUGCUGAGUGCAGUCGUCGCACAAUGCCACAGAGAAACUUUCCCGAACAGUGGAAGUAGACUUCUUCACCUUCAUGCCACCACAGGGGUGACAACAGGAGCCAAACUCACAGAGCCUGAGAACAGAAGUGCAGCGGUGAGUACUUCUUCUGUACUCAUGAAGUUGUUGACUGCUUUUAUCGCGUGGCCUUGUGUGCAUGUGUGGAGACGCGUCUUGAGCUGCACAGCACCACAAUACUCCUGUCAGAUUCCCUUCACUGUGUGGUUGGAACCUUGAGGACUCCACUUUAUGUGACUCUGUGUGUAUUUCAAGUCAUGCUUUUUGCGCCCGUUAGAGUUUCAUUCAAACUCUGAAUAAUUUAUCGCUGGAUUCAAUGGUGGCUGGUGCGUAAUGGCGCAGCUGGAGUUUGUUUUGUUUUGGUGAAGCGGUUUGACAGGCUAGUAAGCAUGAUUUAUGACGCCGAGUCGGACUCUUGUGCUGUUUACUGUUAAGAGUUCAGAGACUGCACAGCUGCGCUAUAGUAUCAAGUUGGAAGCUUCUCAGCAAAGUGUCCAGACAUUAAUAACGUAUUAGUUUAUUCAAAGGUGAGCAAAGAUCAUGAACUUUUUUGUACUUUUAAUUUUUGGAGCUUGCCUGUUAUUCCCCUGUAAUCAAAUCUGCCAUAAUAUAUUUUUAAAACAAGUCAGUUAACAAUUUAUGGACCAUCAGUGAGUCAAAAUACCAGGAUAAUGAAGAAAUAUUGAUGAAAGUAUAUAUUAUAAAAUACCCCAAAAGUACCAAAAUGGGUGUUUGUAGAGGGGAGCGAUCCUUUAUUUUGUCCCACCUCCCCCUGUCAGUUGCACAAGAUACAGUGUACGUUAAGUUAAGAGGAAAUUAGUUUGUUUUGGUCGUAAGUGUCCAAGACUUUUCUAAGAAGCAAAUCCCAUUUCACUGUAGGUGUCCAGUCAUGGUCCCUUUAUGAUCCCUGAGCUUUAGAAUAACCUUCUAAGGUGUUUUGUGAUGCUGUUUUAAAGCUUAAGAGACCCUCCCAGGUGAAAGCCUGUGGUCAUGAAAGAAUCUGCGAGUGUGCAUUAAGGUGAGUCCCCAGAGAGCAGAGAAAUGACCUCUCUGUGUGUUACUUUCUCAGGUCCAACAUCAGCAGCAGCUCCGGUGAUCAGCUCUGCUCAGCACCUCCAGUAAGGGGACUUAUCACACACAAGCUGCAGACAUGAGCGGCAGCAAGAAGUAAGUGUCUUUAACGAGCUCUGCAGGAGCACUUUUAUCUCUAUGCAAAACUUACUGACCUUAUACUGGAUUUAGAGAACAGACAUCUGUCAGGCUCAGGAUGCAUACAUGAUUUUGCAUGAUAUAAGUGAGACUUGAAUCUCCUUUUUUUCUUAUUUUACAAAAAACUCUAAUAGAUGAAGGUGGCUGAUUCUAACCUUGCUGUAUUCCAAAAACAAACACAAACAUGCCUAUGAAAAUUCCAGAGAACAUUGUUCUAUAUAGAAAAAUAACAUUGAGCUGGACAUGGAGAGUAUUAAAGAUAUGACUGAGAUUGAAGGCUCAGGAUUGGCCUUGUAAUUGCUUUUAACCUCCUGAUACUAAAGCCGUCUUUGUUUCUGUAAUGCUGCAAAAUCAAAGCUGUCACUGAGAUGGCUGACAUUAGCAUUUAUGAGAUAUUUGAGGAAAACAAGCUCUGUUUAAUAUACUUAAUUCCACACAACUAAUCUGUAGGAAUAUAUUUUGUUCACGUCAGCAUGAAAAACUAUGGUAAUAACGAAAGACAAAAUCAUCACAUGCACAAAACUCUACUGUGUCAUUAUGACUUUAUUUUGCCUGCUGUGGGAAAAAAAUCCAUUCAGGCCCCUUGAAACCCUUUCAAGUACUUUUGCAUCAAACACAAACAAGGGAGGUCAAAACUGACUGACAGUGGAAACUUUUGGUGUGGUUUGUAGGACGGUUAUCCGGACACAAAGCUUUAAAUAUCAGCCUCACGCACACUGAAAGCUACUGUGACACGAAUGCCCAGAGUGGGUAUUAUUUACCAAAAACUGCAGGCAUCCCUUUAGUGUGUGGAGUCGAUUAAGUGGAACCUGAUACCAGAUGACAUUUUCCCCUCUUUACAUGAGAGAUUACACUUUCCAAACAUGACCUGGACACAUUCACUCAUAUCUCCUUCAAGGACUCCAGCAGAUACUGUACACCAUAACAUAGUCUGGAUGCCUUCGGGCUGUGUGAUGGUUUGGACAGAGUUAACAGUUGCAUCAGCUCGGGUACAGAGAACACGCUCUUCCCUCCAAACAGAUUGAGACUGUAGUCUAUAUGCAGAUUACUGUACAGUCUACAAGGACAGGGGGGCUGAUACCUUAUCUGCGAGGUGUCAGACAGAUAGCAGUUAAUGUACAAUCAAGAGUGCAAAGUAACAGCGUGUGGAGUGGUGAUUGUUGCACACCUGGUUGUAAGGUUGUAUAAAGGUGCAGCUAUUGAUCACCAAUACCUGCAUAACUUAAAUUAGUGAUCACAGAAAAGAUCCCCUGUUAGAUACUUUAAUUACGUCACUCACAUUCUUUUGUAGCUUGUUAUUGUUUUCCAACGCCAAGAUGUCAUGAGGUCAAAAUUGAGAUUUCCACUGUAGAAUUUGAGUGGUGCAUUUAAAAUGCAGGAGUUGGAGUUAUCUGAAUGAACAUCCUUGAAACUCCAAGAAAACAAAACAGAGCCUUCAGAAGGUCCUGAUAUUAAGCAUUAAGCAGAAAAGCAGUGUUAUGUAGUCUACACAAAUCUGGGUAUAACUGUCAUUGGACAGUCUACAUAACUAAACAGAAGGGUCAAAAACGCAGUAAUUGAAUUGGAUAUCAGGCACUACCUUACAACCACUUUGUCUAUAUUUCCAUUAAGAACCAGCGGCUAACUAAAUAUGAGAAAAAAGUGAUGAUGAAAUUUAACAUGCAGCGAAAAAAAGAGCAAAUAUCAAGAAGAAAAGUGCGGUUUGAUCUGGAUCUCCUUCAAGGAAAAUCAUUCCUGUCUCUUGAUUACAAUAUAAUCUUCAAAGCAAAAGGUUAUCAACUUGGUAGCAUGUCAAAACCACAAAAACCUGAAAGCCUGCCAACUCAUUUGGAUUAAUCUUUGAUUUCUGCUACUGCCAAGACUUCCCAGACUUCUCCUGUAACAUUUCAUUGAAGUUAUUGGCUGAUUGUUUUGCCUCAAACUGAAAUAAUCCCAGAAAAAAAGGAGUAGAGAUUCUUGGUUUGUAAAAUUGAACAUUCAGCCUUGUUAAAAAAGACUAGAAAAAGAUAACGUGCUUUAAAAAAAAGAGCAAGGGUGCAGGGAUGUGUGGGUGUCCAGCUCAGACCUGAGGAGAGCUGGUCCUGCUAUGUCCACGAUUGUUCCAUAGGUGGCAAUGAAGGAGGUAGUAAGGCCGGUGUUGGGAGGACAGCGGAGACCUCUUGCUGAAUCUUGCUGAAUUUUUUAGAAACUCAGCAAACUUGAAAAAUGUUUAGGAAACGUUGAAUAUACAAUCAGUGUAUUUGAAACUUUAGCGGGUUAGAGUGUAGUAUGUCAUAUUUCUAACACUACACACUUAUUAGAUACUCUGAGUAUAUCAGUUUACAACCAGAGCCAUCAGCAAGAAACAAGAGUGUGUCCUCUGUUGCUGAAACAUCCCUCCUCAAGGCUCUGCAUCCUAACUACCUGGAGGAGUACUGUACUCCAGCUGACCUUUGACCUCUGACACUGUUGCUCCCGGGGUACUUAACCCAUGCUUUCCAGCCCACUGUGACCCAGAACAGACUAAGAAGCAGGAGACAUCUGCUAAAACUAUGAAUGAGAUCAUACUGUGUCAUAUCAAACCUCCUUAUCCUCAGUACCAAACACAACGGCGCCAUAAGAGGACACAUAAACAACUUUUAAUCUACUUAAAGACAAAACAACCCUCCAAUCAACACUUAGAUUAACUCCAGCUCUCCUUCCUCUCGUUCCUUCUGUUAUUACCUUAUUUACUCCAUAUAGACAGCAUCUGUUUUGAAUGAGGGAUGGGUUUACAAAGCCAGAAGCACUGAACUCCUACAGCCCAAACUGACCCAAGAGUAUUUAUUUGAUUUAAUUUCAUUUAAAAUUCAAGACAUGGACGACCCUUUCACAUUUCUGUAAUAAACAGUAAAAAUUGUUUCCCAGAACAAACCACUUUGUCUGUGAUCCCAUUAGGAUAAACCCGGGGCUUAAGCACUAUGGUAUUACUCACAACAUGCCAUGUGUGUGUUAUGUGAGUUGCUUAAUAGUGAGGGGGCAGCUUUUGACUCCUUGGUUGGACAUGGAUGAUGCUGCCAACACCUUACACCCAUGCAAAGAUUUUUAAAUGUAGCGAUGAUUAAAAUAAAAGGAGUAAAAUGAGUUUACAUGUUUUUCUGAUUUGUGUUUCUACGAUUACAGCCCAUUACUCAUGAUUGGGAUGACCUGGUGAAAACAUCCAAAACAGUCAAACUUAAGUUACUUUCUGCUUCUUCGUUCAGACAUUUUAAGGUUUUUCUUCCUUGUGAUGUUUGUUGUGAAACUGCUCCGUGUUUGAGGUGAGGAAAAAUAAGAUUUGGUGUGGUCUCAGAGAGCAGCGAAGGCCCCGCCGAGCCGACCCGUCACGGGCCUGUGUGUGUCUUGUCACUUAAGUAAAGCCGGCGUAAUCCUGUAAGGGUGGAUGAGUAGACAGACAUGUGAUGCCCCACUUGUUUCUUAGGUGCAGGGUGGUGGAGAGUGGGGGCUGGCAGGCAUUAUCGACCAGAUGGAGAGGCUUUGUAGUGUGUGUGGGCGUGGGGCUGAUUAACAUGUUGUGAUACUAUUUGAGAUGUUUCUUUCUCCUAGUUACAAAACACCUUCGAGUGUCUCAUAAGUAGAGCUGACACAGAGCCAGGUCCAGAUUUUUCAAAGUUCAGUUGAGUGCUUUCAUGCGCAUGAGCAGCACCAGUCAAUCCGGCCAUCACGCCCAAUUAGCAGAGACUUCCUGUUCUCUUCCUCUCCCCCCGCCUUCAGCCAGAUUAAACCUAUUGCAACGCACCUGAGGACUACGCACUCUGCCCUGCUCAAGGUCGACACCCUUUUUCACGCUAGUGCGUAGUUUACUCAACGACAAACAAAGCGAAGAGGUAGUCAGUCAAUGAGUUUUUAAUGGGUGGAGAUGAGCGCCACCAGCAGCACCAGACUGAGCCCCAGUCCGAACCUACUGCAGGUGAACGAGCCAAGGCGCUAUGGCUCUACGCUGUCACUGGAGGAGAAAUGUGAGCAGUCUUUCUUCCUCUUUUACUACUACAGGAUGGAGGACGAGGCGGUGCUGGACCGGGGGGCGUCCUUACUGAAGCACAUGUGUGACGAGGAGGAGGUAGAAGGUAAGUUCACCUCUUUCUAUGUACCUCAAUGAACCCACUUGUCUGAGCUGACCAGAUGUUUACUUUUUAGGUCAACUUUACACUAUUUUAAAGUUUUGCUCGAGUUUCUCUCCCUUUUCUUCACUGACCCAGUUCUUCCUAAAUGUUGAAGUUCAAAGUAAGGCCACUCAUUGAGAGAAACAGGAAGGCCGUCAUUAAGCCUUUUCGAGUCUGCCAAAUUUCGCUCACUUCCUGCACGUACACUGUGAUGGCUCACCUGUUGUGCGAGCUGGCACAGGAAUGAUCUAGACCAUGGGCAUGUGAUCCUGUGUUUACCUCACUAAUCCUUACGAAGGGCCACAGAACAACAAAGAAAGGAAAACAACCCCCCAGGACUCUCAAAUGUCUACAUUUUCUGCUUAUUUCAUACUUCUAAAUUUGCUGUUUGUCAUAGAAACCCAUGCUUACCAGUCAGUUUUUGGCUUUUCGUGCAAACUCGCUAACUGAUGCUACAUUUGGCUGAUUUCAGAUCUGUACAGACAACCGAUUAAUUACAGGUUGAUUCAGUGCUCUGUUGACAUUCAACCAAGCUGGAACUCUCCUGAUGCUUUUUGUCAGAGAGAAAUAAGGUUAGCUUUACAUGGUGAUGGCAUCAGCUUGCACCACGCAUCACUAGUUUCUUGGUUCAAAUCCAGCAGAUUAGAAGGGCAGGCACCUGGCCAGAUUGACAGCCCAAGAACGUCAUGCUUUGUUUUGUUUUUUGGCAGAUGUACUUAAAGAGUAUCCAGCAUCAGAGACCAGCCUUUAUAUCAUGUUGGUUUCUGUCCUCUUUUAACUAGGAUUAAACUCCAAACAAAUAAAAACAAAAACCCAGACCUUUUCAAUUGACCUAACCUGGAAAACUAAAUUUAAACUGCAAAAACUGCAAUAAAAGAUCACUGGUGGAUUUAACAGGAUUUCUGUUAUAUCAGAAGGAACUACUGGUUUUCAAUAUUUUCUGAAAUACGCAUGAGAACUCUUCCAACAUGAGUCAUAUCAUUAUCUGAGCAAACUUGAUUAACUGAAAUUACUGAAUGGGUGUUUAGUAGGUGAUUGUUAUUGGUAUGAUGGUCAGCCAUCAAAAUGGAGUUUAUUUGACCAUGUUUUAACUCUUAAGUAAUCUAGAAUUCGAGCCAACCAUCUCCCCUCGAUCAUUUAUGUCAGCUGUCAUAAACUAAGAAAAAUGUAAAUGCAUGAGUGACUCAGCGUUGGCAGAAUUGUCUGCAGAAAGCCAAAACAGUCAAUAUGCCAUGUGCAAUCUAUACAAUACAGUUAUUGUGCAAUGCUGUAGCUGCAGAGCUGCAUUUAAUACCACCAACUUAAUGUGACAUUUAAAACCUAACAUGCAAAUCAGGAUAAUGUAAGCACGAAAGCAACAAAUGAAAAAGCUACUAUGCCUAAGCCACAGACUCUGUACUUUAAAGCUGUAGUGAGUAACUUUCAGUUUGUGUCAAAAUCGGCGCCCCCUAUAGACAAAGAAGUUGUCGCAUCUCUUGUCCUCUUACUGAUUUAGUGUCUUAUUUAAAAAAAAAAAAUUACAUUUAUUAUGAAUAUGUAAUGCAGAAGUUGAGCAAACAGGGCUGUUUCUUGAGCUGCUCGCCUGACACCUACCCCCUCACAUCGAUAUUUGGCGUUAAAAAUUACAACAUACAAAUUGUCAGUCUUGUCCUUAAUGGUCUUGUUUGCUUUUUUCUUUCUUGACAAAAAACUAAUGAUAGGAGCUUUAAAAGGAGAUCAAAUGUCCUUAAAAGAGCAAAAAGACCAAUAAGAAGAGAAGGUGGUUGAAUUCAUCACUUUGGACAUCAAGCCUAUCCCUGGAAGUAAAGAUGCAGGUUUUUGAAAAUGUUUUUGAGUAUCUAGAUCUACAGUGAGAUUUCUAAGUUUAUUUGUUUUGUAUUUUUUUUCUGUUCGAGUACAGCAUUAAUAAAGUGAAUUUAUGAUUUGUUUUAGUGACCUGGUAUUUCAGUUAAGUCAAACUAAGCUAUUACACUAUUCUGAGCGGGAGUUCGAUUAUUUGAUAAGAGUAGUAUAACAGUACUAGCUGGACCUGAUUGGGUAAAUCUGACUGAAGAUAUUAUCUAGUUAGUGUAUUUAUUUGAGUUAUUUUUGUUAAAACAAACAAAAAAAUUGCGCACAUUUCCUGCAGCAUCAAACACAGUUAUCAGAUCAGGACUUGGUAUUGGUAGAUAUUCAAACAGAUCAGGGCGGAAAAAAAACACUGAGUGGGGCAUUCUUGCUAAGAGUCGUUGUUGCAUGGCAACAGUUCAUGGAAACUGUUAUUUCUGGAUAGCAGACCAGGAACAGGCUGAUUUCAGGGCUGUGACCCUAAUCGGAGGCAAAGAGGGAGGAAAGAAGUCCAGUCAAUUUUGCAGUGUGUUUUUAGUGGGUAAAAAAGAUGACAGUGACAGGAGGCUACUAAAGACUGACAGAUGAAAAAGAAAACAUCACCGAAAGUCGAUGUUGAGGCAAAAUAUUUACCAGGUGUGGCACUGAUUUCUGCAUUCCUGUUUACCCUGUUUACUUGACCAUCAAUGUUAGUACUGUUAGUAACUUAGAUUGGUGGCUCAGGCUAGACAAGGAACACUGUAAUCAUACAUAAGAACAAUAUACAAGUUUGAUACCUCAAGAAGAGGUCCACAUUGUAGAUAUAGACGGUAUCGAGCGUUGAGUAGUGAAAAAGGAUGAAGAAGGGUGUUUUUGAUUGGAAUUGAAUACAAUAAAACAACACGUCCCCCAUAAGUCAGUGACACUCAUGAUUCAUCAACAGUGAAUUUGUGCAGCAGGGCCCCUUAUGCUGCAGAGGUCAACAUUUUGUCAGGUGUCACCUCAGCUUGAACCCUACUUCAAUCUCUCUAACUUCCUACACACAGUCAGUGUCUCCGCUGUGUCUGUGUGUGUCCUCGUCUGCUCGCUAAAUCUCUUUUUGAGUCCCCAUUGAGGUCACUCCCUGCCCCUCUGCUUAGUCACUGCCGAAAGUCUGAUUUCACCACAGACAGACUGAUAAAAAGAGCACAAAGAGAUGAGGUGGCUUGACAUUUCUCACACUGUAGAAGAUAAAAGUCUGUUAAGAGGAUCUGUCGUCCAGUGUCUGAAUGAUCUUUAUCUGAUUGGGAUUAGUCUGUGGCUUCGUACUUAAGAAAAACAUUUGAACCCUUUGUCACAAACAGGACAUUAUGUUACAGUGAUAAAGUUUGUAUUCCUUUAAAGAUUUUGGAUAUCACCUGUUGAAGCUAAUCCAAAAGUAAAGAAGAGGAGGAAUCACUUCUUCUGGUAAAAGCCCAAUAAACAACUGCCCCCUCCCCUGGUUUCCAUUUAACUGUAUGUGUUUAAAGCACUUUUCUAUUAGCAUGCUGUCAGCGCUGCGUGGCAUGUUGCCACCCUCCCCACUGCUCUGGGCAGGUCCCAGCGGCCGCAGUUACUGGGGAAACUGGCGGUGGCGUUGCCUCUCCUCAGAAAUCUAGCGAACCAAACAAACCUCCCGGCAAACACAAGAAUUGCAUUUCAUUCAGAGUGUGCUUGGGGGUAGCUCCAAAAGAACUUCUUCUUCUGCACGAAAAAAGAAGAGGAAGUCGUUGCACAAUGCCGCUCUGGCAGUGUGCAAAUCUUCCUUUCCAGCACCUUGACUUGACUAUUUUCUACCCCUUCUCCUUCAUCACCCUCCUCACAUUCUCUCGGCUCCUUUCUUGUUGUCAUUCAGCCUGUGCGAACGUCUCCACGCUCUGCUUUAUUGCUCAUCUAUCACCUCUAAUAGCACUGCGGUCUUUAUUUCUAUCUGUCUCCUUUCUUUUUGUUGUGACUAUCCAGCCAUCUGCUGCUGGGUGCUGUAAUGCCCACAUGCUGAGUAGCAAACUUUAUUGCUUUUGAUAGUCGACUGUCUAAUAGAUUCUCUCUGUUUAUGUGGGUUUUCUCUUUCUGGCUUCAGAGCUUUGCCAGAACAAAUUUUAAAUCACUGUAUCAGCUGUGUCUCAUACUAAAUACACAUUUUAAAUAGGUUUAAGGUUGACAAGUUUUAACAUUUCUUGUUACUUUAUAAAAAAUCUGUAAGCUUUUGAAUUUGAAGACAGCAACAGGUUUAAUAAAGUUGAGGCAGGAACAACAAAAGACUGAAAAAGUUGUGUGAAAAAACCUCCUAAAGGAACAUCUUCCAACUGAGCUUCAGUUCAGCAGGUUCGAGACACGACUUGUGAUAAAAAAAGGUGUUUCACUGACAGUACAUAAUAUCUUUAAAAGGUUCAGAGAAUCUGCAGAAAUCCGCACUAAAGAGUCAAGGCCAAAAUCCAAUUCUGGAUGGCCAUGAUCUUUGGGCUCUCAGUGGGUGCUACAAUAAGAACAGACAUGACUCUGUAGUGGCAUUCACCGCAUGGGGUCACAAUCACUUUCAAGUACCACUGUCUGUGAGCACAAUUCAUCUCUGCAUCUCUGCAGGUUUAAACUGUAAUGUAAUCCAGGAACAGUGGAAACAUCUCUCAGCCCAAACUCGUCUAAGAUGGAUGUCCUCUACUUUAAGGGGGUACAGGGAUGUGCAAAUACCAUAAGCUAGGUAGUUUACACACAUGAGAAGGCUUCAUUAAUGCAAACAAUAUAUACAGGUUUUGGGGCAACUUAUGAUACCAUCAUGUAACACCCUUUUCAGGGAAGACCGUGCAAAAAGAUGCCAAACCACAUUCUCACAUGGCUCUGAAGUAGAAGGGUCUAGGUGCUAAACUGACCCUCCUGCAGUCCUGACCUGUCAUUCACUGAAAAAACCUAUUUGGCAGCUGACAUCCUAAACCGGGUGAGACUGAGACUCCAGAAAUUAGUCUCACAAAUAUUUACAGUUUGUUUUUUAAAGAAGAGCCAGUAAAUAACUGUAGUAACCCUGUUUUCAAGUGCUAUACCUGUUUGGUGUAGUAUAUGUAUAUGUUACUAUCCAGAGAGUUUGAUUGGCUCAUUCUGCCAUAAAAAGCUGUCUAAAAUUGAAUAAUUUUUUGUUCAUUUCCAAAAGUCAGAGGGUUGUUUUCAGUUAAGAGUUUAAGUAAAUAUUUGCAAGACAUUUCGGCAAACAAUUGUUGACCUCCAACUGGCCAUCCCCUUUUCUGUGGAGAGUGUCUCCCCCUGAUAUCUGACUAAAUAUGCUCGAAAAGGAGACUCUGCUAUUACUGUGGUAAAUCAUCUAUGAUACUGAAGCUAAAUUAGUCCAAUCCAUCUGUGAAAAUGUGUCAAAAAAGGAGCAAUAAUCUCACUUCUUUUUUACAGUUCCCCAUCUGGUGUUUUGUGUUAGCGUGGUAUGCUGAACCGUCGGUGUCAGUGAAUAUAGAUGAACCCUUAAAAAACAAGGCAUUGUGGUACCAGUGAAUAAUGAAUGCUCUUGUGCUUCAAGAGAGAUCAUUGUUUGUGGUGUUGAAGGGUUCAGACAUUUCCUGGUCGGGUCAUGUGCAGUGCUUGGCUCAGCGUUACUCGACGUCUUUCAAAAGCGACGUUUGACACUGGCCGCAGAGAGCCUUUUGUUUCAGAGGGACUUUUGAUGUUGACUGGGAAAAGUGGCUUCUAAAGGCUCAGGGAGGAGAAACUUGUGGUUUAAGAGCACAGAUCACCUAAAUAUGCAAACAAGUGUGCAGGUAUCGAAGACAAUCUGUGGCCCUAUAAGAGGUUAAACAUGGAAGACCUUCAGGAUCAGAUAACUUUGAGCCUUUCUUUUUAAAAUUGGCCUCUGAUUUCUGAGUCACUCUGUCAUAUUUUUAAUAAAAGCCUGGUUGCAAAUAAAGUCUCAAUGGGCUGAAAAAAUUGGAGUAAUGUACAGUGUACGCAUAAAUGAAUAUCUGGCCUCAAAUUCCAUCUUAAAUGUCUCUGUGUCAGGAUUCAGUAAAAUCCAUAGUACUGCCACUGCAGUUGACUUUUCGUAGCAUUUCAAUACCGCUAACCACAGCGUCAUAAUCUGAACACACAGUAGGAUGGUAUGCCAAAUAUCGCACUGAUAGAACCCAAGCUUUUAAUUAGAAGGUACUAUUUCAGGGAUGCCACAAAUCCACACAGGGGUUCCACAAGGAUGACUUCUAGGCCUGCUACUAUUUACUAUUUACACUAUUUAUUGCCAUGCACUUACACCUGCCCAAGCUUUCUGAAAUCUUCAGCAUGCGUUUGAUUUUGUAGAAGAUUAACUUUGUCAACUGCAACUUGUUCUGAAUGCAGAUAAAUCUGAACUCAUACUCUUUACACCAUCAAAAACAGUGAAAACAGUCUCAUGUGUGAUAAUGGACUACCUUCAUUUGUUAGACAUAGUAAAAAAGUCUGAACCAGUUGGAAAAGAUAGAUUUUAUAUAUUCUGCAUCUUUUGCCAAGAAUCAGCUCCAGACUGAUUUUAAAGAGCAUAACUUAGUGAUAACAUAUUUAAAUCCCCAGUCCUGUUUUAAUGUUAGUGUGAUUGUUUUGUCUUUGAAAAUUGCUGCUGCCAUACUUGGCCAGAUCUCUCUUGAAAUUAGUUCUCUUGUCUCAAGACUAACCUGGCUAAAUAAAAGUUAAAAAUAUAAAAUGAAAUAUGGUCAAUGUAUGAUGUAUCGUAAAGUAUAACCCUUUUGACAACAAGCCCUGUAACUGAAAAGCAAACUUAUUUUGGUUUGUGAAGUUUCCACAAAAUUGACCACAGUAUCUUUAUCUCAAGUAACAGCGCCUCGAGCAGAUUUCACUGCCAUAAUCUCUGGCUAAGUGACCUGUAAUCCAGCUCCUGAAUGAUUUGUUUUCCUAACAAACAGUCUACUCUCUUGGUCAUUAUUGACCCUGAACCAACCAGCUACAUUUAAACUUCACGUCCUGUUUGUAAUGUGCGGUCGUGCAUAAAAGACAGUCUCCAAAUAUUUGUUUUGACAGUGAACAGUAGCUCUGCUUUGCUGUCUUAAAAAAACAAAAUGUUCUAUGUUUAACUGAACCAACAAGAAGUCAUAGUUGAGAUAUAGAAGAAUAAAUGUUUAGCUGCUAAUUUUUCUCUUUCAGUUUAGAGUUUUGGUUCUUUUUGACAUUGCCAGGAAGUCUGCAUCAUUUUUGUCAUUGGUCUUAAAAUGGUCAGAGAUUCAUCUGCUGUUCUCUCUUUCACAGGUCACCACACCAUUUACAUCGGUGUGCAUGUGCCCAAGAGCUACCGGCGUCGGAGGCGUCACCGCCGGAGAGCCGGCCACAAGGACAGAAAGGAGAAGCUGACGGAAAACGCCUCUGACAAGUCAGACACGGAAAACAACGAUGAGGCCAGCAACAGCAUCCUCAAACCUCUCAGUAAGUUCUGAUGGACCGUACGUCAAGGCUGAUUAGCGCUCACGUCUGUCUUUGCUGAAGGCUGCUCUCUUUUCCAGAAAAACGCCCCUGUUACUCCCUGUGACCCCAAAGAAUCGCUGAGUCCACUCAGUGGACAGGAAUAGCUGUGCAUGUCCUGCUGAGUGACAAGUCUGUUUGGACAGAGCUGGGUGAAUUUUCAUUGGAAGCUCUGGCUGCUUAGAUAUAAUUGUGCUAGUGCUGAUACGAGUCUCUUGGGUAAAGUGUGUGAGUGCAAGCCUUCCUGUGUUUUUGUCCUUGGUUUGAGACUGAAGUGAAUUUGUCUUUGUGUGAGUGUGGGUGUGUUAGCAUUUAUACAUAUAUAGAUAUUUAUUUAGGUGUUUGUGCCUGCGUUCCCGGCUUGUUGAAACCUCCUCUGUUCCACAGAUAAUAAAGUAGGAUUUGGUGCUGCUGUUGCGACCCUUUAACAAUGAAACGCAGUCCAUUUGGAGGAAAAAUCAACAUGGCAAAACUCCUGAUUUCAAGACCACAAAAGAUCCAGCUGUUAGAAUAGUAUGAUAGUGUUGUAGUACAGCAUAGUAAUAGUACUGUAUUGAGAGAGCUUAAAAUAACCUUCCAUCGGUCAAAUCCACUAAAGGGGCUCGUCCUUAAUGCUCAUAGUGAUUCGUGUAAUUUUACACACACCGGUCUGCACGUGAAGUGACAAGGAGGACCAAAAUGAGCCGGUGCUGGAUUUUACAAUCCAAACACACCACUUGAUGUGGGGAUUUUCUUCAGGACAUAAAUCCAAUCAGAGAAUAGAUUACUGCAGCCCCAUCUGGUUGUUGCUGCUGUCUGCCACGAUGCAUAUUUAGCAAACAUUAUGAUUUUGGAGGAUUUAUUUUUUUUUAUUUUUCAGUCUGUUACCUGAUCAUAUUCAGAAAUGUUGAGAGUGGAGCGGUCCUCCACAUUUUGUUACCAUCCCUAAAUAAUCGACCAUAUUAUGGUUGAGGCAUGUCUAAUGAGACUGAAACUGUAAUAGUAGUGGAGAGCGCAACACUGUGAGCAGCAGCUAACAUAUUUAGGCCAGAUUGUUAGCUAGGACUCUUUCAAUAAUCAAUGCAGAAGCCAGUGUUUAAAUCCAACCUUAGGUCUUCACUGUGUGUAAUACCCUCCCUCUCUCUGCUGCGGUCCUGUAAAGCUGUGUCUAUUAUUAAGGAGCCGAAUUGCUAAAAAACACAUAAAGAAAACUGUUGCCUGUAUUUAGAGAUAAGACAGGUCAGAGCUUGGACACUAUUGUUCUUUUGAUUGUUCUUGUAAAGUCCGACCUUUGUUAUGGGGUCUGUUUUCUCUUCAGUGCAGUCAAUUAUAUUGAUGAUUGAUGUUUGAAUGUGUAAGGCUGACUUAAGAAUAAGAAGAACUUAAUUUAUCCCGAAGGGAAAUUCAACUUUUAAGAGCCUGAUUGUUUUUGCAUGUCUGUAUUUAGAUACAGACUUCGUUUAUUUUUACAGCAUUUACAAUUAUAUUAAAAUAAAAGAGUUCAGAUGAGGAAAAUCAUGUUCAGUCAGCCAGUCUGUUGUGUCUGUGUCAGUCAAUGAUGGCUGCAGUUGUUUUCAACACAUUAGCCUUUACCACAAAGGGCCUGUAUAUGAACAGCCACUCGAGUACAUUUACCAACAGAUUAAUUUUUUUAUGUAGAACCAUCAAAUGUUGCCAACAAUCUUCAUAUUCUACUAAUUGAUUAUUUGAUUCUGCAGAAAAGAAAGGUUGUCUUCCUGCCAAUGGACUCUGGUUUUAACUGUAUGGCAAAACUAGCAUCAGAAUUGCAGACACAGUUUUUCUAUAUUUGUAAUCCCGAAACCUUCCAACCUUCCUCUCCAACCUUAGUGCAGACUUGGAUUUAGUGUAAGCCAUAGUCAACAAGAAAUGAAGUAUAUUCUUUUACGGGUAGAUUCACAUUUGGGAUAUAGACAUGGGUAGCCUUGACCUCAGGGUCUGGUUGGACCAGUUCAACUGCGGCUGAAGUUGCCUAGGGCUCCGUGCUUGAGUCCACUUUCAGAAGUAGUCGCAAACAUGAUUCAUUUGUACUCUUGUCUGCAGAAGAGGAGGAUGCAAACAGCUAAAACUUCAUCUACAGGCAUCUGUCAGGCAGGCAGAAAAUGACAGGCAUGCAGUGUACCAAAUGUCCCACAGUUAUUCCCCGCCCUCCUCUGUGCCACUCUCAGUGGGAGAUACCGCCGCCCCCAGGGGAAGGCCCAUGUCUGUUGUCCGACUGAAAUCCUCUUGUUUGGUCAGAUGGACGCCGCAGGGAUGACAAGUCUGUCCUCCUGGCUACAUGUGUGUCCAUUCAGCGGCCGUUUGACCCUGACUCAUUUUGAUGAGCUUGUUUUUUUUUUUUUAGUCGGAUCAAAUGGCCUCUUAAAGUGGAUUAUAAAGAAAAAAACUUGGUUCACAUGCGAAUGGGUUUAAUUUUCCAAAACAGACACAGAAGAUUGCUUUGUUUCUCCAUUUAAAGGUCUUAUCUCAAGUGGAAUCAUAUCUUCCUUAAGGAGAAUAGAGUCCAGUGAUUUCUUCAGGUUUUCCCUAAUCUUAAAUAAUAAAAAGAGGAUGUUUUCUUUAGGUGCAGCAUGACAGGACAGUCGUCUUCUCCAUAUGACUUGAUACUUGUUUUAAGAGAAACAUACCAAAACAAAAAUACCUACACAAACAUUAGCCAUUUUUACAUGUGCAAAAUUUCUUGAUCCGAUUAAAAAUUCGAGGGACCAAAAAAUCUAAAUCCACUGUUUAUAUGGGUGCAAAAUCAAAUAACCUGAUCAUGAUGUGCGUAAACAUGCACCAGGCUUUAUUCAGACGAGAAGCAUUUGGACACGCGCAGAGUUGUCUGAUUUCACUAAAACAACCUCAAAAGAAGAGUUUUACACCUGUGCUGUUAACAAACCAACAAACGCGGUAGUGGCUCACUUCAUCCAAUUCUGUAGUUUUCCCCCUGUUCAAUGUUGUCACUGGAUGGCGUCCUUGCUUACUCAUUUUACUGUUGUGCCAAAGGUUGCACUGUGCAUGCACAUGUGACAUUAUUACGCUUUAUGUAUGCCUAUACCUUGUUAUGUUAGGCACAGCACGGCACGGCUCCUGCGGUUGUGUUUUAUGCCAGAGUGUUAAAAAUGAAACAUCCUGUACUGGCCUCAAAAAAUAAGCCAAAGGCUGAAGAGUAAAGACUGGGUCACAUUAGUUUUGCCCCAACAGAGACUCACGAUCAAAGUAAGUAUUUUCAUGGACGCGUUUCGGGAUAACGAUUGGCACAAACCACUCCUCUCGAUCAGAAUACAAUUUUUUUCUGAUUCAGUCGAAUUGGAUCAGAAUUUUCCGAUUGACAUGUUUACAUGACGCUGUUUUACUCUGAUAGGCCUUUAUUCUGAUUAUUUGCGCCCAUGUAAAAUCAGCUAGUGAUGAUGAGGCUCAAAGCACAGCUAAUGGAUUUCCCUUAUAGCGCUGGGAAGGGGCCACUGAUCCUGAUCCGAGUUUUUAAAGCUUGUCCUUAUCAUCUUCAAUUGAAGCGUCCACUUUCCAUUUUGAUAGCAUUAUUGUAACAAAAAGUGUUUUACUCAGAUAAAAAGUUUAAAAAAGACGAAAGGACAAAGGGCGUGAUGAUCUGAGGAAACACUUAAGUGAAUCUAUGAUGAGCAGACACAAAAACAACUGACUUAAGCUGAAAGAAUAACACACCAAACGAAUAACUAUGAUAUAACACUAAAAGACAGUUUUCAGGAGCUUACAGGUCACAAUCUUCACUGUAAUGUUUUACCCGCUCUGUGUGCACCUGCGUCAUCUCAUUAAGAUCCCUCCAGGAUCACCGUUUUUCAGACUUUAGUCAGACUGUGGACAUGAAUGAACAUGAGUUUGUUGCCGUCACUGUUUCUGACCCUUGAGUGUUUUUUUUCUCUUACUCAUUGUCUUAUGAUGACUUUGUGCCAAAGUGUGUUAAUACUGCUGUCUCUGGAGAAAAUGAGUUCUGAGCUUUCCUGCUGGUGUUUUAGAUACAGUAAUGAGAAGUGACUGUGUUUUUAAUGCCUGAAAAAAAGACUUAGAGUAAAUGUUUUUUAAAAUCUAUUUCUUCAAUUAGACCUAGGCUCAGCACUGUUUGGAAGAUCUCUAUUGAUUCUACCGAAUGACCUGACACAAAAUUCCUCUCAUUACUCCUCAACUUGGUGUCCUGGCUGGCAGGACUUUAGAUUACUGUUUUCAAUUCAUGAACCCAUUCUUUCUGGGUUAUUCGUGUCAGCACAUCUGUGUCUUAAAACCAGUGACUGUAUGUCUCAAAAGAUGGAUGGCACAGCUCUGCCUCCUCUUGUUAUAUCAAGGUGAAGCCAAAAUACCUCAAGCAGUGGGCAUAUUGCACAAGAGUGCACUGCAGGGAUUGGCUGGUUGAACUGUGGUGCUGGCACCCAGCUUACUCAGUCAACCAAAAUAUAGAUCCCUGAGGUCAGUUCAGUCUGCAGCAGAGCUGGUUCUUGUGCCAGUUUGGAUCUUGUGCUUAUAGAAGGUUCAGUAGUUACAUAUCAGUGUUGCUUACAUCUGUCCUGGGGUUUUCACCUCUACUCUAUUGAUCCAGUGCACACAGUGCGGCAGGAGCCAACAGAGCUGUCAAUCACAGCAUUAUACCUCCUUUCAUAAAAACAGUGUUGGUUGAUUAGGGGUGCAUGUAAGAGGUGCAGUCUGUUACAUCAUAGCAGGGUGACUGUGGCUCAGUGGUGGAGUUGAUUGUCUCCCAGAAGGAAGGUUGAGGAUUCAAUCUCAGGUCCUGCUGUCCACAUGCCAAAGUGUCCUUGGCCGGCCCAGCGGGGUGUGAAUGGGAUUAGUCAAGAAAUGAUGGGCUCUUUGCUGUAGUCUCUGUCAUCGGUGUGGGAAUGAAAAGCGGUCAAGAAAACUAGAAAAAGCAUCAAAAGUCAGCUUUCUGUGCUGAUUCUAAAAGGGUUAAUAUCAGUCCUUAACAGGAAUGCCACUUUGGCCAAGUGUGUGCUCCAUGUACAACAAAGGCUGUGGUCCCAAAGCAGGUGGCAUAGGUUAGGAUUAGGAACCUUCAAUCAAUCCCCAUUGCUGUACUAAAAAAAUGGCUUCUCUCACUGUAAAGCCUGUUGGACGAAGGUUGGAGGUGACAUUGUGUUCGCCAUGGAGUCCAUUGGCCAAACGUGGAGUGAGAGCCAAAAACACAACAACAGUGAGACAGAUUUAGAGUCAGGUUUGAUCGGCUGUUUCGAAAACAUUAUAGGGAACAUAUAGCUGAACAUCCAGUCCACCUGCGUAUUUCUGUAUUUCAUCUGAAGUUCUCACCCCCUGGCUCAUAUUAAUCAGAUUCUCUUCACAAACCGGCCCACCUCAACUAUCACAACAAAAUACCAGAGCUAGAUGUUCCUGGUAUAAACAGUGCGCUUUCAAUGAAUCCCCCUCUGGGUGAUACUCUGCAUUCAGCCCAAUCCCUGUUCCCUGCCCGCGUGCUCGCUGCCCUGCAUACUGAAUCUCAGACUUAGUGGCAUGGAAAACAUUUCCUGUAUUCUCACUGACCCUCUCUGUAGUUUGAAUGAGGUGAAGAGGAGCGGUAUUAUCAUUGCAUGUACAGUCACAAACAAUGACAUUGCUAUUAGAUCCCAUGUAGCCCUUUACUGUGCACAGUUCUUCAAAAAGGUCAGAGGAGAGGGAAGGUAUUUGUGUAGGAUGCAUGUCAAGAGUGGGACUAAACAGGCCUUUAGUGGCAGCCACACUAAGCUUUCUGCCGGGCAGCGGGCAUUCUUCCUCCAUCCCCUAUCCCAUGAGCCUCUGCUGCUGGGACAAAGUCCUCUUUGUAUGCCCAUGGCUCUUGGCUAGAGCACACAGAGCUUUGAAAUUGCGUUUGAACGAUGGGAUUUUCAUUUCUAUCCCUCCUUUUCGUGCUUGCUCUCACCCCUCUUUGCUUUCACUCUGCGCUGAGCCUCACUCCCCCCCUCCCCCCUUUUCACCCUUCUCACCCUUUUCACCCCCCAGCUUUCUCUUAGCAACUGCUGGAGUGGGACAGUAUUGCAUUGACACCAGCACUCUGCUAGUCACCAGAUUCAUUUUUUUACUAGAAAGCAUAAACAGAAAGAGUGGGUAGAAAGCAUCAGCUCGUUAUGAAGAAUUAGAAAAUCACUGCUGGAUAAGAACUCUACUGAUCUAUUGUAUCUUGCUGGAUGUCAGAGGGAAGCAUGGGACAAUAAUUUGACAUUUUAUUGAUUUAUUUUAUUUCGAAAAGUUGCCUUCAAAACAUCUUCAAAUAUCAAAUAUUAAAAGUCUUAAAGUUGUGGGUCAUAAUCCUGAUGCAUCAAAACAUCCUUAUACUGAGUCGUGCCUUACAGUCAACAUAGUAAGGCUGAUAAUCAUUGAUAUUUUUGUUUAAAAACAAUACAUAGUUUAAAACGGUUUAGCCUAAAGUAGGACUGACCUCAUCACUACUCCUUAUCUCCAUUCAGUAGUAAUAUUGAUAUUUAUCCUCUAUGUGUUAUUCAGUAAUCAGAUAUGAUAGUGUAGUGCUGGGUAUUAUUGCUGAUUGACUUAAAAGGGUUCAUUCCAAAUCAUAACGUCCUCCUCUAACUUGUCUAUUCAAUCUGAUUGAAUCUAAUCCACUAAUGAUUGAUUCUAUUAGAUUCAGUUUGAUCAGAUUUGAUUCCGUUCAGUGAUUUUUUUUUUCAUUUUUUUCUGAUUCAAAGUGAUUUGAUUAAAUUCUACACAGUUUACUUCAAUCUGAUUUCAUCGAAUCUGAUUAAAUUUGAUUUGAUCUGUUUCAUUCUGGACUGAUUCAAUUUAAUUUGUGCAAUUAGACUUAAUCUGAUUUGAUUCUGUAUGCUUUGGUUCAUUUUGAUCUGAUCAGAUCAGAUUCCACUGCAUUGGAUUUGAUUUGAUUGGGUAUGAUCUACCUUUUUUUUUUAUUUGUUUAGAUCCAAUAGAUUCAGUUUGAUCCAAAAUGAUUUGAUGGGAUUGAUUUGGAUUAGAUUCAGUUCAAUUGAUUCGGUUUGUUUGAUCAGAUUCUCUCUAAUCUAAUUUGAGUUGAUUGGAUUUGAUCCACUUUGAUUUAAUUUGUGUUGAUCUGAUAUGAAGCGAUUUGAUCCAAAAUGAAAUGGGUUAAUUCAGUUAGUAGUAUUUUACUGUGUCUACUAACUUUGUUACAGUAAGAAGCAGAUUAUCAGAAAAGUAAAAAGUGUUAACUUUUCAAGGAACCCUCUAAUUUUGUACUUUACCAAAAAUACGAUGAAUAAGGUUAACAUGAAUAAGUGACUUCAGCCAAAUAAAUGCCCCUGGUUUUCACAUGAUGACCAACAGGCUACAGUCCAGUUAAAGUAAGUGUUCAUUUAGACAAUAUCAUGCAAACUUGUCUGUUAAUCUGUGAACACUAACUAGAAUUUGAUAUCAAGGCUUUUUAGUUGUGAAACUGCUUCUGCUGCUUUACUUAGAUGUUGGUGUUGCAGUGUAUGUUGCAGAACAGACCUACUGUAUGUUCCAGAAUACGACAGAAUGUUUUUGUGGCAGUUGGAUGGUAAUUCAGAGGCAAAUGUCUUCUUUGUCUCUGAUCAAAGGUUCGAGAGGAUCAUAUAUCUGGAGAUGUCUUGUUGAAUAGUUUGGGAGAUUUGCAUAAGGCCUUGCUUUUCUCCAUCUCUGUCUUAAAGAUUUGUGCUUUAAUGCCUUCAUUGCUAAUGUCAUCUUCACUGGGGCAGCUUUGCAUCCUGCCAUGUUUGUUGUGGGGCACCAAUUGUCACGUGACUCGAUCCUGCUGCACAAAGGCUGGUCCCAGAAAACAAGGAGCAACCCACAGGGGAGAGGAUGUGUUGAAGAUUGAUCUCAGGGUUUUGUAAAACUGAAAAUAAAAAAAAAGUCUGAUUAAUUUUGACUUUUUUUAACCUAGCCCUGUUGUAUUUAAGAACAACAUAAUUGUCUUGCUGUUUCUUAUAUUACCUCUAUAAGAAGGGUGGAUCAGGCUCAACAUCAAACUUGAGAGCUCACUUGGCUUUAUCAUCCACCUGUCAAAGUGCAGCUGCCUCCCACAGCACCAAGUCCCAGAGUUGCUUCCACAGGUUGCUGUCAGAUGUGAGUUUGGAGCGGCUAAAGCCUUUGGGCAGGAUGCCAAUCACAGCUGUGGAGGCAAAAAAUGCCCACCACGGCCACAGAUAUCUGGGUACCUGUGCAGCACCAAAAUUAGGACAGAAACCUCUGUGCAUGCCCCUUAUAUGGAAAACAUGGUUCCUGCUUUACAGCAUCUAUAUUGACUGUUCAAAUGAUUAAAGUGUAGAGCUGUAGUUGCUCUGUGUCUGAGGCUUUGGCUCCCUUUUUUGCGUUGUUUGCAUGUGAUUUGGGCAGUAGAGGUAUUUCAAGCAUGUUUUCACUGUUUACUGUAAUCAGAGUAAAUCUCAGAGUAGAUGCACGUCAGCUAAAUGUGAGAAACGCACAUGUAAAUUACUCUACCUGGGGUGUUAUUAAACAGGUUGCAGUGCACUUAAGCUAGUUGCAGCUUGUGUAAACCUGUGCGUGUAAGUGUGUGUGUGUGUGCAGACAGUUUAUCCCCCCCACCCAGUAAUCUUACAGCUGCUUGUCUGGCUCGUACCUGCUGUUGUUGUUAUUGUCCCGCAGAGCAUGCAAAGAGGAGAAACUGCAUGUCCUCACCUCUUUUACUGUUUAGUCAGUUUUAUCUGACUGACUGAAUGAAUGAAUGAAUGACUCAGUGAGGUGUAAGGAAAGUGCCAUGUAGAUGUUACACCUGCUCAACUCCGAGACAGCCUGGGUUAAUUUCCUUCCUCUGUGACACAGAAAUAUAAACUAGACUCAUCAUUAAAGAAGUUAAUUCCUCUUAGUGGUUCCUUUGUCACUACCUGACAACUGCUGAGAAUCUCUUGAGAAAAAGGCAAGAGGUGGAUGGACGUGUGAGGACUUUUUUGCUGUCUUGUUUCUCAAUCUUACAAACAGGAGUGUGCAACAUCUAGGUCCUCUCAGAGGGUGUAAACUUCUUAAAUUUUUAGGGCAGAUUUUGCCCUGGACAGAUUUUCUAAAAGCUUUUAUCAAAGGCUGACAAGAUUAAGAGGAAAGAGCAAAUUACUGCAUUUUGGAUCACAGAAAUAGUGAAAAUGAAAUGCAUUCAAUAUCCCCAGUUGACACCUAAGUGCAGCAGAAUAAGCAGAUAUUUAAUCUGAUCACACCGGGCAGCUGUCUUGGUAUCACUCUCUCAGAAACUCUUUUUUUUUUCUCUCUGGACUUUUGGGACCCAUACCCACAUUCUGCUUCCUUAACUGCCAGACCUACAUGCUGAUGCUUGUAACCCUUUUUGCACCCCUAAAAUAAAGUUUAUCUUCAAAAAGCCGUGAAAGAAAAGAGGUUGGGCAAAACAUCCCAGACCAUACUAUACUUGAUAUAAAGUCUGGUGCUGAAAAAGUAAUUUCAAAGUAUGAUUGAUUUUCUCACAGACUCUACAGUGCCUGUUGGGAAUGAUAAAAAUGCGCCUUUUGGGCUGUAUCUUGUGAAUUGAAUCAGCUGGCUGCAUAGUAGUGUGACCAAACUGUCAUUAUGAUCAGUGUUGUUUAUUAUUCAGAAAAUAAUCAGUUUAGCCACACGGACCAUCUGUUCUUUUUGUGUUUAGAGUUUAGUUUUCCUCCCUGCACAGAUGUCAGGAGUAAAAAAAAGGGUAUAAUGACCACAAUCCUUUUUUAUACCAGGCAGUAAACAUGUUCAAUUCUACUUCAAAAAUAGGCAAUUUAUUUCAGACUCUUAAGCAGCGUCCCUGAAUUUUAUAGCCAGUUUCAACCAACUAACAGCUGUAAUCUGCAGGCUUGAUAAUGCAACCAGGUUUAGUUAAAGUUUAAACAUUUAAAUAGUUGUCUAGAAAUUUGGGAAUCCUGUACCUUUGAGGUCUUUCCUAGACAGCGUCAUAUGUUGCUUUAAAAUCUGUAUGUGUUGGUUAGUAGUAAUGGGGCCUACCUUUCCACAUUGUGGGCACUUAUGUAUCCCCAUACCAAGCUACAACAAGCCAGGUUGUCCAUCUUUAUUUAAAGGUGGAUGGACCAGGCAUCCAUGAUCUCCAAAAAGAAGAACUUUAUUGAUCCCUGAAGGGAAAUUCAAAAAGGAUGUCAGAUUUUGAUUCCUCAGACCACAGGACCAUUUUCUUGGGCUGGGCGAUAUGGCCUCAAAUCAAUAUCACAAUAUAUUGAACAGUUCACCUUGAUAAUGAUAAAUGGAGGAUAACUUCUCCACAAGCUGCUCACCCCCUCCCACAUUAACUUUUUCUACUUCAGCCACCACUCCAUCUGCUACAACUUUUAAAUCAUCCUCCUUCUCCUCACUUGUCUUUCUCUCUUUGUUACGGACUGGAUGGGGUUGAGUCACGUCUCUGUCGUAGGACAGAGCUUUAAAGGGGUACGAGACCAUAGCCUACCUACACACAUCCAAAGCCAACUUUUAAUAAUUUAUUUGACAUAGGCAAAAUGAUGUCGGUUGAUGUUGUAAGUUUCAGUAUCUGUAAAUUUUCAGUUUAUUGCCCAGCACUACAAUUUUCCACUCCCCCACUGUUUACACUCACCUCCAUGAUCAUUGAUAGAGCUGUAAGUAGAGCCUUUUGAUGGUCUUUCAGAAGUUAAUUAAUGAAACGACCAAUCAACUUAUCUCAUACUAAAUUGCGCAUUUAAUGGCUUUUUAGGCACCCAGUUUUAAGAUUUAACUUAUUUUUCCAAACCAACAACCCAAAUUUUAAAAAUGUGGAGACUCUGUAAACGUUCACUUCACCUUAACACCAGAGAAGUCGCCAGCGUUCUUGGGUCAAGUAUGAUUUCUUCUUUUGAAGGGGCCAUCAGUAGGAAUUAAACUCACUCACUUUUUAUCAUAUUUUACACAGCACCCUGACUUUUUUGACCAUUGUCACUGUAAGUUGGCAACUCUAACCUUCUGUUCUAAGGACUUCAGUUUCCAUGCAGCACAUUGCAGCCCGAUGCCCUGACUUGAAUGUAAAGGGACAAGCAUCCGCUCUAUUGAUGCAUCAUGCAAUGGUCUUGUGUGCUGGUUUGCUGAUGACAUAAUAAUCUUUGUGUACAGUUUUUCUACAUGCAUGGGCCAGUCUUCAUGAAAGGGAAAGGGGAUUGUCUGUGGGCUCUCAUGCAGAGUUCAAAUAUUGUUUCCUCUCAUUAGAGCGAGUUAUAAUACUCUCAGCCACUUCCAAGAUGUUUGGAAAGCAGUGAAAAGUUAAAUGUACGUAUUGAUCCUGUUGAAAUUCUGUUUGUGUUGCGCUCUAAAUAUUCAAAUGAGAAGACAAGGGGAAGGAAAGCCAAGCCUUGGCUGAAGAAUAGGCCAGUUUGUGAACCAUUUCCUAAUUGUUAAUGAGGGGCUCCAGGGCAGUUUGCCAAGGCUGGAGGGCCAAUGGUGAAGGCCUGUUUGAACAGAGGGGGCAGAGAGGGAGAAGGGGCUAGCUGUGGGGACACUGUCACUGAGGGGGACCCCUAAACCCCAUCAGCCCCCUCCUACCUGGCUCACAAAGUGCUGGAACAGGCAGCUGAGAGUGACUGUCACUUCCACCCGAGACUUUAAUGAGGGUCUAGCUGCGUCUUUGGGACUCCGGUGAGCUUCUGUCGCUUACCGCCUGUCAUCUGAAGGAGCUAAACUUGGGUCAGCUGAUUGCGAGAGCAGAGGAGGGUCACUGAGUUGUUUAAGAUGUCAAAUAACAACAAUAACCAAGAAGGGAAGGAGGAAAAGGAGGAAGACACAGAGGAGAAAGAAGAAGAGGUCAUGGUAAAAAUCCCGCCACCUCCACCUCCUCCUGAGGUCAACGGGAAGACUCCAGCUGAGGAGGGGACGCAGGUGCUCAAACCCUUGCCUAAUGGGGACCAUUUCCAGCCUAUGAACCGCAGUAUUUUUACUCUCUCCACAGUCUCACCGGCAGCUGAGAGGAUCCGCUUUAUCCUCGGGGAGGAAGAUGAUGGCCCGGCACCCCCUCAACUCUUCACUGAGUUGGAUGAGCUCCUGUCGGUGGAUGGACAGGAGAUGGAGUGGAAAGAGACGGCCAGGUAAGAGAACCAAAAGCUCUCUUAUUAAGAUCCUGUAUGUGCACUUUUUAGUGUUAAAGUUCUUGGUCAUCAGGAACCUUAUUGAAGGAGAUGCUGGCUAAAAGUCAUCUCUGCUGCCUUUGCAUUUUUCUUUUGAUGCUUUUGGAUAAAUGACCUUUUCAGGAGCUAAAUAACUGCACAAACAUCUCCAAGCCGCUUUCUUCGGGGAACUUGCAGUGUGCUUUGAAUUUAGAGCAGCAUCAUAGUUGAGCUCAAAGCACUCCACAGGUUUCUCCUGUGUGGCCCACUAGUGGGACGGGAUGGCAUAGAGAUGGGAUGAUUGUUUGUGCAUCAUUAGCGUGGAUGAUUGAAGCUCUCUCAGGGGGAAACUGGAUCCCUGGGCUGCUGUUUAAGGCUCCAAAUGAGUUUAUUUGUUAUUCUAACCCCUGACCAAAUGUACUUGUUAGAUUUUGGUUCACUGUUGCUUGAAUAAGUGGCAGAGAAACUUCAUUUAAGAACUCUGCUGUCAGAGUCUAUCUGGAUAAUAUUAAACUGGUUUUAUUUGAGCUCAAGGCUGAGUCCUUUUCAAGCUCAUAUGAUAUAAAAAUCUGAUUUGCACUGAUUUUAACCAUUCAUAAAAUCUGUCCAGCUCCAGUAUUGGGCCAUCAUUGAAAGACCGCCACAUAUUUUGUCAAUCCUACAAAAAUCCACGCACUGAAAGACAAGUCAGUCAACAUGCACUUCAGCAGGGAGUAGAUUGUGUGAUCUUACACAGUGGAUUUGGGAUUUAUGUAUCUGAUCUUAUCAGGUCAACCAUCUGGAGAGAAAAGCACCUUAAAUAGACAAAUACCAAAAAUUUAAUCUACCUGGGAUUGUUUUUGAGGUUCAGCUUGGUACCUGAAAAAAAGUCUUUGUUGUCCUGUCCGGCUCCAGUACAUGAUAAGCAGUAUGCAGGGGGAUCAGAGCUGCAAUUUUCUUGCUGUAAAAGAGUGAAAAGGACUCAAAACAAGUACCAAGAUAGUUUCUUAAAUAAGUGUGAUUAAAUUUGUGUGACGUUGAUAUCUGACCACAACAAGUCAGGAGUUUUAACUGAAGUGCAGACGAGAACUGAACUAGUAAGAAACCUUUCAAAGAGGAUCAGCAGCUUUUACAGUUUACAGUUUCUAUCCCUCCUUAAUCGUGUUUUAAAUACUAUUAAAUGCUUAUAAAGCGUCUUGUAACUUUAAAUGUAUUAUUCUGUAAAUAGCCGCAGAGAUUUAGACCCAGUCCAGCUUCUCCCCAAGUGCACUCAGGGACUCCAAAUGAAUAAAAGAUGUGAGAAGUGCUGGGUAGUACUGGCCGUUUGCCAAGCGAAAUGUUGGCAGUCAAACCAACCAAAUAAAACCCUGCUAUAGAAUCAAGUCAGUACCAGUUCAGUUUCUCAUCUCCAUGACUCUGAGGGAGGGGGCAGGGGGGCUGAUUAAAAGAAGACACACUGGAAAAAGAAAUGAUGACAGUGGUCAAGCGCAGAGUUUUUAUGCACCUUUGUACUGAGUCUGCAUUCGAACUGUGCAAAGGAUACUUGAGAUUAAUAUUGUUUUUGACCUGAACUAUAAACUGCUGCAAAUAAUGCAAACACCAACCAUUUGAUGUCAUUUUAUUGUUCACAUUUUGACAGAUAUAUAGCAAGAACAGUUAAUUGGCUUUUAGAGGUUAAUAUCGUGCAAUUAUUGACAAAGAGGCGAGGAGGCUGUGUUGCAAAGAUGACAGUGGCAACAGUGGUGAUAAUGCAGCUUCUUGUUUCUUUUCAAACAUUUUUAAUGAUUGCAUAUUUGAGAAUUCACCUCUCAAUGAGAUCACCUGUUUCCAGUGAUAUGUUUUUCUCUGCACUCUUUCCAAGGCAGGCUUAAAAAGUUCUGUCCUGGCUUCAACUGGUUUCCUUCUUAUACUGUUACAAACUCUACACCUUCUCAGAAAAAGUUAUAACUACUGUAUGUCUCAAAUAUUAACUUUAGAUUUGUUAUUCAGCAGCAGAGCUUUUUUUUAAGAUUAGUUUAAACAGGGUCUUUAAGUAUUAAAAAAAAAAAAAAAAACAUUUUCUUUCCCACACUAAGGCUCUGUCCACCCAUAUGUAUGUACACAGAGUUUUUAGGUUUUGGAGAAGAACUUCAAAGGUGAAGAAAUUUCAAAACUCUGUUAUGCCUGUAUUUGUGGGGACAGCUCAAACAAAAGUUCUGGCAAACACUGAUGUCAUUACGUCAACUUGCAUCUGCUCCAUGAUGGCGGGCUCCCGGUUUGUUUACAUCUGCUUAGAGCUGCUAGAUUUAAGUGUUUAUGUACAAGGAAACUAGCUUUACUUCAUCGUAUUACUGCAGAAUGGGAGUGUAUCUCACUGCGCACAGUUUAAAUAACACUGUCCAAGAAGAUGCCUGACAUACCUGCAUAUAAGGUUCUUCUCUUGUGCUUAACGUGACAGACUGAUAGUGUUUUUUGAAUCUUCUUUGUGUUGUUGUAGAGAAUAAGAAAUAUUCACUAGCACCGUGGAAAGGAUUAAUGUUUAAAGGUGGGAAAAAAAAUGGUCAAGAAAAAUAUCAAUAUCUUUAUAUGCAUGGAUGUAACUUCCUAAUGUACAUGGAUAAAACAUCAAAAAACACAAGUCUGCAUUAGGAUUUCUGCAGCCAAAUGUGCAAGCAUUCAAGUAGCAAAGUAAUACUUGAUAUACUUGAAUUUUAAUAUUUGAUUUUUCUGCUCCCUUUGAUGCAAAUAAAUGCUGUCUUUAACCACUGACAGUUGACACAUACAUGUUCAUUUUGUGCUGAACUCAUGCAGUUAUAUUUAACAUAACAUAAUGUCAAUCAGUUAAUGGCAGAAUAUUGGCAAAAUUCAUCAUGUUAUAUAAUCUACUGUCCCUUUUUCAUCCCUCCAGGUGGAUCAAGUUUGAGGAGAAGGUGGAGAAAGGAGGUGAACGCUGGAGUAAACCACACGUGGCCACGCUGUCCUUACAUAGUCUUUUUGAACUACGCACAUGCAUAGAGAAAGGCACCAUCAUGCUGGACAUGGAAGCUUCCACUCUGCCUCAGGUCGUUGGUAAGUCCACUUCAUUGCAGUUACAGAUAAAACUCAUCUACACUGCUCAGGAAUCUGAGCUGUGAAAUGUUAAAGAUCAUCGACAAUAUGUGGUCUGUGCUGUAGCUGGGUCCACUUGACACAGUGCAACCUUUAAAGGUUUAGUAAGGCUCUGCAUCACACUCUUUUUUCUACACUUGAUUGCAGAUGAUAAUGAUAUUAAUAAUUUCUGUUAAAUAUGAUAAUGCUGAUAGAGGUCAGUGUCUUGCUGCCUGCACACAAACCCUUAUGUCAGUUUGAUUUUAUGCACCCUGUGAUGCUCACUGUUGGAGAGCUGGUCUGCAGGGUUGCGUGCAGGUUAAUGGACUGCUGCACAUCACACACAGGGGUCAGAGGUUGUCUUUCUUGGUCCUCUCAGCUCUUGGGACCAGAGCUCUCUGCAAAGUUCAGCCUCAGCUGUACUCUACUGUGUUUAAAAGUGAGGGACACAAACAGGAGUUAGUAAACGGUCCCAUGAAAACUUCCUAAUUUGAGGACAGUGAGACCCCGUUUGUGUUUGCAUGAGGGAGAAGGAGGAAGACUCAGCGGUCAGAGUGAUUAAUGUGAAGUAAUUGACUGAGCUGCAUGGAGCGCACAGGCCGAACAGAGCCGGGCCUCUUGCUUUGAGGCCGGCCAACUUGACUGAUGGGCCAUUAACAGCAGUAACCCCCCACAAGAGGACAAACUCCCCCGAGGCUGUUAUCUGUCAGCAGCAUUCAGGCUUCUGACCUUCUUUUUGAUAAUAGUCAAGAGCUUUUUGAUUGAGCUGGUUCAUGAUGCCACUUUCAUACCGCAGCAUUAGAGUCUGGAGGCGCGAAGUGGGUCCUUACAAGUACGAAGAGGUAUUUUAUGACAGUUUGAGUCUUAGCCUUAAGUGUCGUUGUUGCUGCACAAGUCUUACAUAAAAAAGAUGCUACAUUAUGGAGAAAGAAUCAAAAUGAAGAGGUUUAAAAGAAAUACAAAAUUUGCACAAUUUUCAAUUGGAAAGUUCGAAAUUUUAAGUUUUUAAACUAAUAUCAAGAUAAUUGAACUUUUAAAAAAAAUUAACGCAAAAAUGAUCAAACAGUGAAUUUUAACAGGGAUGCUUUGUUUAAUAUGUUGUAAAUAAAUUAUAGUUUUGUCUCAGACUCUGACCUAAGAAUAAAAAAUUACAGAUACUGAGACAAUUUUAAGUUCUUUAAACACUCAUACUAUCCUCUCUCAUCCUUUUCUUUUCCUUCUUCAGAGCUGAUCACCGACAACCAGAUUGAGAUCGGGCAGCUGAAACCAGAGCUGAAGGACAAAGUGAUGUACACGUUGCUACGGAAACAUCGCCAUCAGACCAAGAAGUCCAACCUGCGCUCCCUGGCUGACAUUGGCAAGACGGUCUCCAGUGCAAGUAGGCUGUUUUCCAACCAGGAAAACGGUAAUACUGAUGCCAGUUUGGUGCAGUCCUUCAACUUCUUUAAGACAAUUAUAAGAAAAUUAUAAUUCAGCUGUACAUACUAGCAAUACCAGAGUAAAUAUAGAUUUUUUACACCUUAUAUUAAGACCUGAGGUUAUUCGAAGGUUGUUGGGGCUUUAGGAAACCAUUAAUGUGUGAUAAAGGAGCCACUGCUGCCCUCCUCUGCAUGAAUUUGUUAAUGUGGUUCACUAAAGUCCUCAAGAAUCUCCAGAUCCUCUAUAAAAAAACAAAACAAAAAAAAGCAUCUUUAAAUUGGCGAUCCCCAGAUAAUUGGCCUCUCUUUCUUAGCUUUGAUGCCAUAUUACCAAAUCUUCAUAGUGCUCCCACUAAACCUCACUAUUCUGUUAAUUAAACAUAAUCAAAGUCCAACACUACACUAAACUGUAGUCCCUAACUGAUAUUAACAUGUACUGAAAAUGUUAUGAAUGUGUUAAGAGCCAUGAGUCUUUGGAAAGAGUAGAUCAUUAUUACCUGAUUUUAGCUUCAUGAAAUUGUUUAUGACUCUUUCAAAAUAAAAGCUCCCUCUGUUCAUGACCUGCUUUGUUUUCAGAGUCCAGAUUCAAACUUGUCAAGCCUCUUAUCAGAAUCACAGUUCAGAGAUAAAAGGCCACAUUAAUUAUCAUUAAAGUAUAAAGUACACCAUCCAGAUUUGACUCCUGUCAAAGUGCCUUUCCAAUGACUCAUUGGCUCAUGAUUUAAUGUCUUAACAGUUCCCUCUUCAUUAAAAACCACUGAUGAUAAAAUUCUUUAAUACUUUAACUAUUUGUUUUUCUAACUCCUGCUUUGGUUUCACGGGCUCAACUCUAAACUCUCCUGUCACCUCUUCUUCCCGCCUAUUUUCCCCCCUUUUUUUGACGCUCUGGACUGGCUUGAUAACCUGCUGCUGCCACUAAAAGCUCGCGGUCCUCUUGAGAACUCAGUGACCUGCAUGUCGGGUCGCAUGUCCAUGGAGGACUUGCAUACCCAAAGGAGUUCCAGCAUGGACUGGCUUAGUAAGUUCACUGGACCCCGGUCUACGUGCAAACUGCAGACAAGUCAGAAUCACUCAGAAGUUAUUUUGAGUGAUUAUGAGGGCGGAAUUGUACAUGUAGCUCGUGGUUUUGGCCCUUUUCAGAUGUCCUCAUUGUCUUUCAUUGAAUAACACUGACUCCAGGAUACCAAAAUAGCAUGCAUUUCUAAAAAUGGGUGUUUCAUUUCUUUGGUAUCUGCCUUUUUAGCACAUAAACCCUAAAGUGACUUGGAGGAGAGUUGGUGAAUAACAACUAUGUGGCUUGGAUAACCUCCAAAAGCUGCAGUUUGAACCUAGCCCACAAAAUCUAACCACAUCUGUGAAUGAAUGUGUCAGAUAGAGUAGACCUUAUUUUUGUGUGCUUCACUGUAUGUCGUAGAUUCACUCAUUAGUUUUCCCACCCCUGUCUGUUUAGAUUGUUUUUAUUGUAGCUAUAUCAAAGUUCCUUCAUAAGUCCCCUUAAAUUGAUGUUUUUGCCCCUUUACUCGUAUCUGCAGAAGAGUUUCGCUGUUACAUCAUUUUUACUGGCUGCAUCAGACUGACAAGCAUGUUAUUACCUCGAGUGCGCAGGGGGCAGAUGUAUGAACCUGAGCUACAGUGGCGUCAGAGUUUGCUCUCAUUGAGAUCAGCGUCUCUCGUCUCUGACAGCUGCGGUGCUAAAGCGAGGUCACGUUCUCGCCGUCAGCUCUCUGCUGCCGGACUUGACGAGCUGGAACCAAAAGUCAGCAGAACGUCCGUCAGAAUCUGUCGUCCACCUGCUUCACAUGAGGAAAGCACUUAGAGGGAAGGCUCUGAAGAGAAAGAUGGACACUUAGAUGAUCAGAAAAUAAAAACUUUACUAACAGUUGCUGUGGAUCCAUACCUCUAAAUGAGUUUGAGGUUUAAGGAGAGGCUGUAGAUGUCAGUUUAUGAAAAUAUUGUGUUUAUGUUUGGCCACUGGUUUCAGACUGGACAGAGCUUACUUGUGACUUUGAAUAAAGCAGUGUUAGUCUCUGUUUUCAAGUGAUUUCCCUUUUAGUUGGACUUUUGCUUCAGAAGUGAUCAUAGAGUUGAUUUUUUGGGGCUUUUGUCUUACUGUAUGCAUGAAGAUCACUCUUUGAUUCCUACGGGCGCUGCAUGUGGAGCAAACUGUCUGGGCCACUGCCUUUUCUCGGGUCUCUGCCGUCCCCUGUCUUCUUGGUUCUUGGUGUGAGAUACAACUGGUCUAACCGCUCAGCAUUUCUUUGUUUGAACAGAUAGUCCCACCACGACUCACAAGAACCUGACCUCCAGCAGCCUCAAUGACAUUUCUGACAAACCGGAAAAAGACCAGGUGAGUCGGCUUGAACAUGCUUUGUGGCUUACAACUUUCCCUUUCAGCUUGUUUACUCUGUGUGCUGUUGUUUGGAUGAUUUUAGCACAUUUAAGGUAAUCAUACGAAAUGCAACUCCCCUGCAUGAGUAUCAUAUUCAUAAGCUAAAUGAUUGUAGUACUGAAGCCUUAAGAUAGAGUUCCCCCAGGGGAGAAGAAGCAUUUUGUAUCUUGUUGUAUUGUACCCUAUUGCAUCAUAUCCAAUUGAAUCGAAUCAUAUCGAAUCAAAUCGAAUCAGAUCGUAUUGCAUUGUAUCCUAUCAAUUAUGUACCGUAGAAGAUUGUGUCAUAUUGUAUCAAAUGGUAUCAUAUAACUAACAGGUAAUAUCCAACAAUUCUCCAUCCACCGUUUUGUAUCCAUUCUCAUCACAUCAGGUUGGAUAGUAACAUAUUUAUGUUGUAUCAUGGUAUCUAUUUUAUUGUUCUAUAUUGUAUCAAAAUGUUUUAAAUCAUAUCAAGCUCUAUAAAGUCUUAACGAAUUAUAACAGGUCAUAUCAGGUUUUGUCCUUUCAUAUCAUAUCAUACCAUGUCAUGUCAUGGAUAUGGGGGGGCUCAUUGUUUUGAAUUGUAAAGCACUUGGUGAAGCAUUUCUUUUUGCCUGAAAAGUGCUUUAUAAAUAAAGUUUGAUUUGAUUUGAUGAUAUCAAUACUAGGGCUUUCAAAAUUAAAGUGUUAACACGUAUGAUUCCAUCAUCAUGAAUAAUCUGAUUAAAGAUUUUAAUGCAAUUAACCCGCAGUGCAGAUCCCCUGAAACAGCUCUGGCAAUGCAUUUUGGUCAGUUUGUCUGAGGAGUGUUACCGCCCCGCAUGCGCAAAUGGGCGGUUAAUCUGGUAGUGACGGGCUCCAAACAACUAAAUUUGAAAGAUGCUAAACAGCACAUUGGCCCUCUCGAUGGGAAAUGUGAGUGAAAAAAAAAACUUUGACUUAACAGACAGCUGACAUUAAGUAUUAUGCACACCCCUAAAGAAGGAGUUUUCUUUUCCACCAAAGCACUCCUACCUAAAAUACCACAUAGAUGUGAAGCAUGUGUUAGUCAGGGAUUCUGCUCGCUCUUUGGCUGUCUUGUGUCUCUUUGCUCAUGCAAAAUGAAACAGGGUUAAUUUAGAUUAAAAAUGAAUUAUAUUUUAACUGUGAUCAGUUGGAAUUAAUCCUCAGCAACCCUGUGAUUAACCUAAUUAAAACAUUUUAAAGGUUUGACAGCACUAAUUUUAGACAUAUCAAAAACAUAUUGAAGGAUAUAGAAACAUAUGGUAUCAUAAUGUAUUUUAUCUUACCACAUUGACCAUAUCACUGAAAUGCAUGUAACAGCACGUAAGUGUUCUACAGGUUUUUCCAAAAUAGAAAAUAAUACAAUUAAAAAACAGAUAAAAGUAAAGGGUUUGGUCAGUUGUUACACCUUUAGACACAAGUUGUUUUAGACACCAGAAUUGGCUUCAUGCUGUCACCCCACAACUGGAUGAUUUUGGAACCGAAUCCCUUUUUCUUUUUCAAGCAUUUAUCUCUAUAAAAAUAAUAAAUUCUUCUGAUCACAGUGAAUCAUUUGAAGAUGAGUUUAUUUUCGUGUUGUUAGCCUGAUGGAGCCUUCUUUGUUGCAAACUGGAGAAAUCAGACGCAGAGAGCAGAGAUUGUUUGACAGACAGCUUCGCUUAGUUUCCUUUCAUGGUCAGUGAAGAGAAUUUUCUGAUGCAGGCAAGAAUACUGUACUGUACUAACAUUGAAGUACUCUUAUGUAUACAGUAUUGAAGCUUUUUUUCUGGGGUAAACACCCCAAAAGGCUCAGCUGUGCCUGUGAAUAGACUUAGUUGCCAUUAAAGUCCUAAACUCUCAUUUCAUUUUAGGGUCUGAGUGGAUUUGUGACUCCUGAAAAUUGGAUUUAAAGCAAAGUAAAUUAAUUUUGCAGAUCACGUUCUUGUCAGCAUGUGACAAGAAAAGAGUCUGUUUCACUGUGUUUAUAUUCUGAAUAUCAGACUAUGAGUGUUUUUGGCUCUUUGGAAAUAUUUCGCUGUUUACAGGAGCUGUUUAUUAAUUCAGCUUCCUCCUAGGAUGGGCCUGUGGAGGAGGGAAUUAGGUCAGCCCAACCCAGUAAGACUUCCUGUGGGACAAAUAGAGUAAAGAGGCAACAAGACAGGAAGUAAAUCUCCUAAACUAAAACUGAUUUACACCCACUCAGACUAUUAAUAUUGUAGAUGUUUCCUCAGAGAGCAUCUUGAGUAGUGCAGUCACUUUUUAUAUUAGUCUUUAAGAUAAAAGCAUUUGUAAAAGUGAAUGAAUAAAAGUACUUUCCCCCAAAGAGUCCCAGUGGAGCAAAGGGUAACGUAUGAAGGACGACACUUUGGUUAGGAAAAAGAAAUGCUUUUUAGAAGAAGGGCGGAUUGAUUCUCUUCAAAGAUAGAAGCAGGUGGCACAGGCCAAGCAAUUGGAUGCAAUGUCUGAUAUAAUUGAUGCUCAUUUGAAGUCAGACUGGACGUCCAGUGUUUGGUGUCAGAGUUUGAUCUAUGAGGGCAGUGAGGUGUGGAUUAGCCCUGAACGGACACUGGACAGGGUUUGUAGUUUUAACGCAGGUUUAACCUCAGCGCUUAAUCAUUUACCAGCAAACUUAAUGCCAACAUGGCUCAGCAGAGAGCCUCUGAUUGGAUCUGUAUGGAUCUCACCAGCUGAAGGUCACCAGUUUAUUGGAUUUCUUAAAGGUUGAAUACAGGCAUUUGCCAGCUCAUGAUCAUGGUAUGUGUAGAUUGGCGAAUAGGGAUCCACAGACAGACUGUCUCCUUUAGUUUAUCCUGAUAGUUGCUCCUGAAUAUGUCUGUUUUCGCCAUACAAUUCUUAGUGAUUUAGAAUUAAUUAUUGAAUAUACGAAUCAGAAAACUUGGUUCUUGGUCUAAAUCAACAUCAGUGUUUUGUUUGAACAGACUGUGUUUUUGCUGGCCUGAUUCUGACCUGGGGAAAUGUUGGUGUUGUUGACCUGAUCCAUUCACAUCCUUGUUUUUAAGGGCAAAUUUAACAUCAUCUAAUCUGCCCACUCCUGACUUCUUGCUCUGUUUGAUAUUUGUAUCUUUAUUCUCUUUUCUAGUACCAGUACAUUUAGUUAACUCAGUUAGAGAUUUUAUUUGUCAGGGUUCAGCUGACACUCUCAUUGUGAGUGGACAAGACAUUGAGUCACUUUGGUUUAGUUUAGACUCUGAUAACGCUUUAAAACAUUGAUGCACUUAAGCUUAAAAACAUGGUGAUGUCUAAAUGUGGGUUUAUUCAGAAGAAAGAUCAGAGAUGUCAAUGCCUGACUUCUAAUGAGUCCUCAGUGCUAAACUAAAAAUUAAUAUAUCACUCAUUAAUAUUCCAUACAAGUCUUAUCUGUGUGUUCAUGAGUUGUUCCUUUCCUUAGCUGUGCCACUUAUUUAUCAUAGGGAACGUCUAAUGAACCAAAUGAGGUUGUGUCAUAAGAUACAAUACCAUAUGAGGUGGUGUAAGUGCCCUGUGAUUUAAAAGAUAAAAAGUUUGAUGAAAUAUUGUCUGUUUUUCAUCUCGAGACUGAAGUUUAUACAUGUGCAUCAAGGAUCUUUUUUUUAUGUAUCCAGUGUACUUUGUGCAAGAAAGCAGUGGCUUGUUCUUUUGGGCACCACCUUCUGGAUAAAACACUGCAACACAAUAGUGGACCUCUCUGUAUUUUGUACUGGUAUAUUGGUGGGUGUAGCUUACUUUCCAGAAGGUGUUUUUAGUGUGUCUGAUCCACCAAGUUUUAAGGUCAUUCUUGAAUUUUUGCAUCUUCAGUCAGGAUGGGAAAGAUAAAGUACACAUAAAGUUUCUAUUCAAAAAGUUGUAAAUAUUAUGAAGAAAAAAAAGUACAAAUUCUAAUUUUCAGUUCUGGCAGAAACAUAAAAAAAAUACCGGUAUGUUCCUUUAAUCCUGAUCUGGGAGGCUUUGUAUUCAUCUUAACAUUACAGCUUUUUUCUUCCCUUAAGUUUGUAAUUAUCCUGUUUCUGUGAAUUUACCUCAGAUAUACACAUCGCUCUGCUGUUAACGCUCUCAUUUGAAGCUUUUGAGUCUGUUUACCAGGAUUAAAAGCAUCAAUGAUUUCUAUAGGUAAACUGUUGAAGCUUGUGGUGCUCAGCAGGCACCUGGAUUCCUCCUUCAUGCCUCUCCACAUCUAUACAUCAGUAAGAAAUACAGCCUCAUUGAAUACCACAGGAGCUUCUGCUGUGGUAUUUAAGCUGAAUGAAGUUGUCCUGGUUGAUAUAGGUUGUUUAAUUCACUCUGCUGUACUAAAUUGCUUGCUGGUGUGAACACCACUUUAAAUGUCUUCUGCUUUUCUUCUCUUUUGUGUUUCCAGUUAAGGAACAAGUUCAUGAAGAAGUUGCCGAGAGACGCUGAGGCCUCCAAUGUGCUGGUGGGGGAGGUGGACUUCUUGGACACGCCGUUUGUGGCGUUCGUUCGUCUGCAGCAAGCUGUGAUGCUGGGAGCCUUAACGGAGGUUCCUGUUCCCACAAGGUAGAUGAGAUUCAUGUCUGAACUCCAGGAAUUCAUAAACAAGAGUUUCAGUUUAAUGUAAAGACAAAAACAACAGUGAGGGGUUUCCAUGGGGACAAGUACAGUUGUGUAGGCUGAAGGGAGGCUGCCUGACACACAUGAUCAAACGACACUGAACACAUUGCAGCUUGGUUUUAAUUGUUAUAGCACGUUUUAGCUUUACAUAAAAUAAACAAAUAGACAAAGAAUGGACCACAAUUGACAGAAUGUAAACAUUAAAACAGGAGGCAUGAUAAAGUCAGGUCAACCACUUUAUUUUUGCCAGAAAUUGUUAAGAAAUCAAGUACAGCAUUUGGGUGAUAAUGUUUUGUGAGAGGUCAUAUGUUGAAUCCAAGAGGUUGAAAAACCACCUGUCACUAGCCGCUCUUGUAGCACCCGAUAAUUUCUGCUGCCAUGAUGCUAUGAUGCUUUACUAUCUGGAUGUGAACAAUCCCAAGGGAGCUCGUAGUUCAGUGUGGUUUGAUAGUAUUCUGAUAGGGUUACUUUAGCUUUCAAUAAGUGAUUCAGUUGUGUUUACAUUUAUUUUUAGGAUCUAAAUUAUUGAGUCCUUUUAUGUAUUUCAAUGUGUGACUCAUAUGCGUCCUCCAUGAAUUAACUUCAACCUGCAAGGGCUAAAAAAUAAUUCAGGCAAUUGUUUAAUUGUUUAAUUAAUUAUGGUGUUUUUGAGUCAAACUAGCUCUCUCCCACCCACUCACGAUACAUUACCCAGUAUAUUACACAGCAGCUUCCAAAAAGUCUAAAAGUUCCAACAACCCACUGUGUUGUCGAGGAGUACUGAAAAUACUGAAUACUGAAUUGGUUUUAAUAGAAGAAAACGCUACCAGCACAAAAAACAUUGUUUGUAGACCCGAGCCUUAGAGCUGCAUUCUUCAGCACGGGUGUAUACGUCACUGCGAUGGUCUGUGUUUGAGAAAUGACCAAUUUUUACUAUGAACUGUUGCUAUAAAAUGAUCAAUCAGGAUCAAGCACUUGACACAGCUGUGGGAUAUCGUCACUUAAACACUCGAAAGAGUAAAAAAAGAUGUGUUUAAACAACAUCAGAAAUUUAAAAACAGUGUAAAAUAACCUUCACAUAACAGGUUAUGACUAGACGGUACUCUCUGAAGGCCUGUCUUUAUUGUGUCCAGUGUUGUAGUUACCAAAAGCCAUUAAUUUUACUGCCCGUAACUCCUGCAGGAAUCUUUCUAAGAAGGUUUGACAAACUAGCAAGUGUUGUAUAAAACAACGUCCGACAGGAAUUUCUCAGCCAUGACGACAAAUUUAAUAUUUCACUAUAAUGACCGUACUCAACUUAAACACUUUUAACAUUUUAUUGUUCCGUUACAGCUUUGAAAGCUCUUUGGGAGGGAUGGGGAGAAUACGCAGCAGCUUCUUUCGGGCACACUGACAGUAUGUCUGUGAGCUUUCAGUUUGCUUAAUUUAGAAAGCUGUGAAUAACACUGGACCACUUUGGCUGCUCUGUACUUUAAUCUAAAUAUCUGCUUAUGAUCUUCUGACUCUGGCUCAGGAAACAAAAGCAGGUCAGUUGAAACUGAAAUGUAAAAAACAGGUUGCAAAUGCUUCCAGUAUCAACAUCUUACAAGAGAGUUCACUUUUUAUUUCAACGUGAAAAAAACUGUCCCCUGCUGAAUUAAAAACAUAGCUUCAACUCAGAUUCAGAUCUUUAUAUUGCUUUGUGUUAGGGAUUGAAUGAAACAUGUAUUCUUGACUGAUAACAGAAAUGAUUUUUCUCUGUUUUCAGAUUUUUGUUCAUCUUGCUUGGACCCAAAGGCAAAGCAAAGUCAUACCAUGAGAUCGGUAGAGCGAUCGCCACACUGAUGUCUGAUGAGGUACAUAUAAGUCAGUGCCACACCUCUCAACCAUGUUUAAUUUUGAACGACAAAUAUGAUUUACCAUCACAAUAGGUUGAAAAAGUUGGAAGUUUUUGUUUACCAUCAAUAAAAUUUCAAACUCUGGUCUGCUGUUCGUGCUGGAUCUUGUCCUCCCUGCUUUAUUCAUUGUCAUAUCAGAUCUCACAGUCGGCUUCCCGGUGACACCAAAUGCUUUGACAGGUCUCUUUCACACUUGAAUACCUUGCCCCCUCUCUCCAUGCGUCUGCAUUCAGGUUUUUCAUGACAUUGCGUAUAAAGCCAAGGACAGACAAGACCUGCUGGCUGGUAUUGAUGAGUUCCUGGAUGAAGUGAUUGUCCUUCCUCCGGGAGAGUGGGACCCUGCCAUCAGGAUAGAGCCUCCAAAACAUCUUCCUUCCUCCGACAAAAGGUCUGAAAACAACUCUGACUUUGCAGUUUCUGUUUAGUGAUGCUACUCAAAGUGGUCUGAGUGAAAACAAAACACUUGUGGUUCUGAGUUUCUCUAUGUGCAUAUGUUAAAGCAAGCUGCCAUCUGUCAUCUUUUGAAAUCAAAAUGGACUAAAUGGACUAAUUACACUGAGCUGCAAAAGAGUUAUAAUAUGUGAAAUGAAACUCUAGACUGUUUUUGUAAAUAUUACAGUCAAAUUUAGAAAAAAAUCUUACUUAUACUAAGUUUAUACACAUUUUGCUAUUAGUGGACCGUGAUUUUAGAGCCCUGAAUACGUCCUGAUUCAUCUGUAAGAGAAUUGUAUGAAGUGACAGUAACCUGUGAGGCACUUUUGGAUUGUGUUGAAUUUGGCGCCCCCUGUGGACAAAUGGUCUUGGCUUACCUUGGCCUCAUGCAGAUGACGGGAUUUUUGAUUAAAAAAAGUCUAAUUUAUUUAUAGCUGUAUUUUUCAUCUGUAGUAAAUGUUGUAUGUGUAAAUUGUAAAAGGCUUCUUAGCUGACACCAACUACUUUGCUUUUGGAUGUCAGCAAAAGGAAUCAAUAUGAAUCCCAGUCUAUUUUUAUAAAUGUAAAAAACUCCUUAUAGGAGCUUUAAGGUAGCAAAACAAUCAGUGCAACAAGCACAGUUAAUUAAAAUGACUAUCUGCCAGUUGUACUUGUUUACAUCCAGAUAGUAGCGCAUCAGAGAGCAUUAUGCUAAAGCUCAAACACAACAUAUGGCUGGCAUAUCAGGCUAAUAAUAAAGUAACUCAUUAACUUAAAACCACAACUAUUCUGUCCUGUGUUCACUGAUUCUUCAAGCCUUCUCCUCCUCAAGGCUGUAUAAGUGUCUGCUGGUUAUUUAUUAAGUGCAUCUGCACAUGUACACAGAGGAAAGACUACAGUAAAGACAUGCUCACUUAAGCCAGACAAAUUCUGGCACCUAUACAUAAAAGCAAGAGUUACAUUUUAACCAGCUCUGUGUAGUUCAGUGUAAAACAAGAAGCAAGCAGGGCGUUAUGGUUGUAUGUGUAACAGGAUUUACAGUGACAGACAGAAAUUUAAGAGCAGCUUUAUUUUUAAAAACUUUCAAAUUACUGAACUGACUCUGACUUGUGUUAAACAUUUAUGAUGUCGCCUGUUCUGAAUGCUGCGUGUGCAGUUAACUCAAUCACGUUAUAGAAGAGCAGCAGCUGCAGAAUCACCCAAGUCCUCAUGUACAGCACAGUGUUAAAUUAUGAAGGAGCAGCAGCUGAUUUUAUUUAAAGUUCACUGAUCGACAGUCUAUGAAAAGAGUCUCCUUUCUGACACUAUCCGUUUGGUUGUCAUUGUCGCUCAAAUGUUUGAAAACCUCCAAUUGUGUUUACGUCUGUUGAUGUUCAAGUUGUUUUAAUAUGUGACCUUGUAAAGACAAUUAUCUACAUUAAUGAGGUGUUAAUCAGAAGGUAAAAAUACUGCUGAACUGACAAGAAACGUGUGUAUGUCAGAAAAAACAUGUACGCAGGAGGGGACUCUCAGAUGAACGGAGACAUGCCUCAUGAAGGAGGUCAUGGAGGAGGAGGUCACGCAAUAGGGGAUGAGCUGAAGAAGACUGGGAGGUAUGAGACAUGUGAACUGUGACCUCAUGAUGGUUUUGGUGUUUCACACAGCACAGCAAGGAAUUUACAGGACCUAUGUCUGUUUUCAGGUUCUGCGGGGGUCUCUUACUUGACAUCAAAAGAAAAGCGCCUUUCUUCAUCAGUGACUUCACCGAUGCAUUUCACAUUCAGGCCUUGUCGGCCAUCUUGUUUAUUUACCUGGGAACUGUGACAAAUGCCAUCACCUUUGGGGGUCUGCUGGGGGAUGCAACAGAAAAUAUGCAGGUCAGACUGAGAGUUAAGCAUUUGAAAAAAAGUGUUAAAGAGUUAGUUUCAUGAUUUUUCUUUUACUACAUAUAUUGCUGUGCGUGUGUAGGGUGUGUUGGAGAGUUUUCUGGGCACGGCGAUCACCGGUGGCGUUUUUUGUUUGCUGGCUGGCCAGCCUCUCACCAUCCUCAGCAGCACCGGUCCUGUUCUGGUGUUUGAACGGUUGCUCUUCAAUUUCAGCAGGUAAGUCUUGUGUUUUUUCAUGAAGCAUUGGCUGGCUGCUCUUAGAAAGUUCCAGGCGUGGGUGAAAAAUAAAGUGGAGAUAUAACCAGAUGGGCAGGGUCACUGUUUCUGAACAUUUUGGAUCAUUGUCAUGUUUUAUUUCUCCGUACAGAGAUAAUAACUUUGACUACCUGGAGUUUCGGUUGUGGAUUGGUCUGUGGUCAGCGUUCCUCUGCCUGGUGCUUGUGGCCACUGAUGCUAGCUUCCUGGUUCAGUAUUUCACACGGUUCACAGAGGAGGGCUUCUCCUGUCUCAUCAGCUUCAUCUUCAUCUAUGAUGCCUUCAAGAAGAUGCUCAAACUAGCUCACAGCUAUCCCAUCAACUCUGACUAUAAGAUGGAGUAUGUCACUCAGUACGACUGCCUCUGUAUGGCCCCUACUGUCCUUGGUGAGGAGCAGGCUCAUGUUUGUGUUUUACUUUGUUUUUACUUACUGGUGCAAUUCAGAAACAUUGCUGUUGAUUAACUUUUGCAGAUUUUGACCCAUUUGUCAUGAAACUGUUGUCAAAAAAUGUCUAAGAUGUAGUCAAGGGCCCCUCUGCUAUGAGCUUUAUAGUCUCAGUAAAACACCAUCAUACCUGUCCAUCGGUGUAAUGCAAUCUUCAAAGAAUGCAUUCAUGCAGGAAAAAUGAAAAAAGGAAACCACAAUUUCAUUUUGAGGCACCAAAACAUAAGAGAAGCGAGAAUUCAUGCAGAAAAUCAUCACAUAAUGAUUUUGUUGCUCAAAUAGGACAAUGUAACGACACAAAACUCUGAUGUUGGUGCAGCAUACUUAAGUUUAAGUAUCUACUCUAAUCUUUCAAGUGUAUUUCAAAGGAUAUAAUAUCACCCACUAAAGAUUUUAUGCUCUUAAAGGUACGGUGUCUUAAAAGAGAGUUUAUGCCAUAUCUUACAGUCAGAUUCUUGAUUUACAUGUGACUUUUCUUCUCAAUGGGUAGCGCAUGUGCACCAAAAAUACACACACACACACACACACACACACACACACACACACACACACACACACACACACACACACACACACACACACACACACACACACACACCUGAGGAAGACCCCCCUCUCUGCCACCAGCGACUUCACUUACUGAGGAGUUGACAAUACUGUGUGCUACAUCAGAAACAUGGCAGUGAAGAUGGUGGUCUCUGUAGAAGAGGACCGGUUCCUACUCCUUGUUCUAGUAACAUCAAAUAGACAUUUAGAUGAUCCCACAGUAGUUUAAAUGUACUUAAGAAUAUAUUUUAUUCCAUUUCCACCAAGUCUGUUCUGCCUCAUGUUGCUCCCAUCCCAUCUUCAACAACUCGAGUGAAGCACUUUGCAACAUUGAGCAAGUUAUAGUGGAGAGGAAGAACUUCCUUCAACAGGCAGAAAGCUUGAGCAGAACCAGACUGAUGUUAGACAGUCAUUUGCUGAGACUGCUUCAAGUUUAGUAAGGGAAGAGAGGGAGAUAGACAGAGUUAGAAAGCAGGUACGUCCAAGGCCGCGAAACGUCAGUGAUCAGUGAUCCAGAGAAAGCUACGGCAUGAUGGAGCUCAGGGACUUCCAGAAAAGACUUAUUACCUUUCUCUCAGUUAAAAUAGUCAGCUGAGUUUCAUUCUUUGGAGGCUACUGGGUCAGACGAUCCAAACAAGUAAAAAACGUCACCCUCAAUUUAAAAAAAAACAAUAUUUGAGGUCUUUUUGAUGAUUCUGAAAGAGUGCCACAGACCUGGAUAAAACACAACACAGCCUUUUUGUUUUUUUUAUGACAGUGGAGGGUUUUAAUGAAGAGGGGAAGCCCUGAAUUACUGGUAAUCCCCCGGUGGCUUAAAAAAAACGUUUUGGCUCACUCUCUCUUACGCACACAAAUGUGCUAUUCCAAGUACUGCUGGCAGGCUGGUGUUACACAGACAGUAAAUCAGGGUUCACAACAGAGCCAAACCAGCAGUCUGUCUUCAUGGAUGAAAAUGUUGGUUUGUUUGUUGAUCCUGUGGCUCAGUGCUUUUCUUCAGAAUAUAAAAAGUUCUGUUUUGGGCAGAAUAAUGCACUUUUUGACAACCACAUUAGACCAGACCAGAACUGAAUCAUUAUUGGAGUACAGCAUGCCGGUAAAUCUAGUUUACACACAAGCGUUUCCCUCAGUUUGUAACCGCCACAGAAUCAGUAACAUUGAUUGUGGGAGCUACCAAGAAGAAAAACGUUUGUCCUGUGUUUCUGCGCGAUGAGCUCCAUUCAGCAAUAUACAUUUUUUUACGCAGAUGUGUGGCUGUUACUUGUAUCAUCUGGUAUCCUGGUGCUAUCAUCUACCUUACAGUAGUUAAGUUAAGCCAGUGCAUGACAAAAAAUCCAUCUUAUUAUACACAAAAAAAGCAAUUACUGAUAAGGUACUGGAAGUUUAGCCAAGCUUGUGAAUUUGAAUCUGAGUUUCUAAUGUUAUGAAAUGUUUAGAAAUCUGUGCUAAAGGAGUUUUAUUUUGGUUGCAGAAAACACUACAGAAGUCGUCGGUGAUCCUUUAGAGGGCACUUCAGUCUGGUACUGGAACAACACCGGUCUGGUGAGUGUAAGAACGAAGCAUGGUGCUCCAUGCUUCGUUCUUAAUAAUAUUUUAUUAUGUUAUCAUUCCUGAGACAAGCCUGUAGAGGAGUUGUCCCCAUGAAGAGAUCCUAUUUCCAGUUAGCACUAGCUUCUUAUGAGUUAACCCACUUACUACCAACCAAAUAUAAAAACAGUAUGACACAAAGUAUCGAUACGUCACCGUAUUAGCCUCCUAAUAUGUCCAACUGAUAUUACUCUAGUAAAUAUUUUGGUUUAUACUGAAGUCUAAGCAUUUUGCUGUUUUGGAUUUGAGUCACAUUAAACUCCACAUUUUGAUCACAGUAGAGUCUUGACAUCAGCGUUUUCAGAAACAAAUGCAGAAAUAACAGCAGCACAUGUGACCAGUUAAAUCGUGGAAUAAUUUCUGAGCAGACUCAGGUGUUUGACUGCCUGAGUGCCUGAUCGGCUGGAGUGAGACCAGGUUUGCGAAGAUGAUAGAAGUCCUUGAGCUUCAGUGCAUGUUGCUGAUUCAUUGUCUCUUACUCAGAGACUGUGAAAGGAUUAAUCUCUGUGGUCUUUUGAGUUGUAGCAGCAUGUCCAUUAAAUCACCUCACAUUUUUAUUAAGAUUAAUUUGUUUCUGGUUUGGGUUGGGCUGUAGUUACUGGGCCUUCAGUGUCUCCAGUGUUUUGUGUUUUAUGUUUGAGCCAGAAAGACCCUGGCAGCCAUGUGUUUUUUUUGUUUGUAGGACUUUGGUCUAGAUUUUUCUGAAACUUGAUUCAGGUCAGCUGCUCGGCAGACCUUUGUUUUCCUCUCUCUGUAAAUCGAUUUCAAUGGUUACCCCUACAGGGUCCCCCUCUUUCUCACAUUUGUAACUUUUAAAGUCUGGUUUCUUUUCACUUUACCAGUCAUGAAACAAUGCCAAAACCAGGACCAUCUCUCAGUUUGUGACUUCUUUGUGUCUGUUUUCUUCAAUUUGGCUGAUGUCAGAUUGACUCAGCCCCCUGUAUAUUGUAAUAUCCAUCAGUUACUUCUCCCCUUGUCUUCUCUCCGAUGUUGACAAUUCAUCUAUUAACCACCAAUCCAGUUUGGUGACUCAUGAAUCAGUUAACAGUAAUAAUAAAAAUUCUCGUAUUGUCUACUGAUGCUGUUGGAAAGUAUUGUCAGAUUGUCAAGAGAGAGAGUUUGUUUCUGUACCUGCAUCACUCUCUUGUUUCUGUGCAGCCCACAAACACCACAUGGUCGUCCCUCACAAAAGCUGAGUGCUUAAAGUACAAAGGGGAGCUGGUGGGGAAGUCCUGCGACUUCGUCCCGGACAUCACCCUCAUGUCCUUCAUCCUGUUCUUUGGUACCUACACCUGCUCCAUGUGUCUGAAGAAGUUCAAGACCAGCCCAUUCUUCCCCACCACUGUGAGUCACCUGCAGUUACAUAAAAGCUGAUGUAACGUGGCGUCCUGCUGUUUGAACAGGAGCUUACAGAGGCGUUAUUUUUACUGUAAACUUUCCCACAGGUGAGGAAACUCAUCAGUGACUUCGCCAUCAUCCUGGCCAUCCUCAUUUUCUGUGGAGUUGAUAUUCUUGUGGGAGUUGAUACUCCAAAACUCAUAGUGCCAACUGAAUUCAAGGUGGGACUCUUGUUCUUUGUAUGCUUUUGUUAAAUGACCAGUUCUUACUAUUCCACAUUAAAGCGCUUGUCUCCCUUCCUCACAGCCAACAAGUCCUGCAAGGGGCUGGUUUGUGCCCCCGUUUGGAGGAAACCCCUGGUGGGUGUACAUUGCCUCUGCCCUUCCUGCUCUGCUGGUCACCAUCCUGGUCUUUAUGGACCAACAGAUUACCGCUGUGAUCGUCAACAGGAAGGAGCACAAACUAAAGGUAAAAGACUCUUCAUUUACUCACAAACACUACAGUGUGAGACGGGUAACAAAAAGGCUCAAUUUACUGUUAAUUUUCUGCUAAAAAAGUUCAUCUUUUUCUCAGUGAGGCAUUAAAGGAUUGGACAUUUAGUACAACAAACUCGUAAUACGGUAUUAUUGAUGUUUGUUUCGGUUUUAUGUAUUGACACCAACUUGCUAAUGGAGCUGGGGAUGAAAAUUCGCUGCUUGACUAUAAUCCCAUGCAUUUGCAUGUACAGUAUAUGUUCAUUAAUGCAUAUUGUCCCAUUAAAGUAAAUGAAUAAAUAAAUCCUAAAUCCUAGUAAAAUAUUGCUCAAAAACUUCGACAACAAACUUUUUCAAAAUAUGUAAAGAUGCAUAAAUGCUGUCUUAGGAUUUUGCAAACAAAUUAAGAUCAAUUUUGAUUUUCAACUUGAAAAAUGACAUUUAAAAAAAGUUAAGCCUUCUCCAGUCUCUUGAGGAUUUUCAUGUGUUCCUCACAACAAACCUCGGCAUGUGCAGGACAGAGUCUACCUUCACACUGUAGUUUAAUAUAGUUGUCAUUCUUCUCAUGGAGGUGAGAGAUGUUUCUUGGCCGUCAGCAAACAGGUCAGUUCAAAAAACAACUCGGUGAGAUGUUCAGAGAGCAGCGCCUGAAGUUGACUGAUGGUUUAUUUUAUUUCAACUGUGUGGCAAAAAUAACCCACAAAUCUUUCAUAGAUCCUCUCAGCAGAAGAUUCUGGUGCUUUUUUUUAUAAACACAAGACAAGCAGGGGAGUACACAUCCACGUGCUUUGACCUUCUGUUUGUUGUCUGUACCAGAAAGGGGCAGGUUACCAUCUGGAUCUGUUCUGGGUGGCCGUCCUGCUGGUGGUUUGUUCUUUUAUGGGUCUACCAUGGUACGUGGCCGCCACAGUUAUCUCCAUUGCUCACAUCGACAGUCUGAAGAUGGAGACUGAGACCUCGGCUCCUGGAGAACAGCCCAAGUUUUUGGGUGUGAGGUAAGACAGCGUUUAGGCCCAUGGUUGAGGAUUUGAGAUGUCUGCUUUGUUUUUUGUGCACAAGCAUAAUAGAUGCCUUCAAAAGUUCACAGUCCACCCUAAGAAAGCACGUUGGGAUUGUUUGAGUAUUGUUUGAAUCCAGGCUGUCUUGUAGCAUCUUAAGUGCCAUUUCCAUUCCCUGGUUGUUUGUUCCCUUUGUUUUUUAUAUUAUUUUGAAGGUGCAAAUCCAUAAAACCCAUGUGUGAGGUAAAAAAAUGUAAGUCAUGUUUUCUGAAUAAAUAUAAUGUAGUUGGAUGUGUUCUUUUAAAGACACUAUAAGUAGAUUUUUGAUGUUUAUAAAAGUGACACAAAUUCACAUUAAUGCCUUUUCGUAAAAUAAAAAAGAGCAUCAGGGAAAAGAGAGCGAGUCAUGGCACAAGGAGCUAAGUGAAAAUCCACAUUUUCAACUAAGUCUUCAUUUGAUAAACAAAUAAAGAUAAUCUAGAUCUGUGAUGAUGAUGGGACAAAGGAGAUGUCUGUCCAUUCAUUCUCAGUGAACUAAUUUAACUAUGACUCUGUGGCACCAUCUGUAGGUGAAACUCCAACAAACUUCCUGAAAGUUUGAGUUUUGUUAAAACCGUUUCAUAGGGAGAUGUUCAUAAAUGCGUACGUUAAAGUCUCAAAGAUUAAGAAAAUAAAAGCUUUUCCAGAGCACAGCUCAUAAACCCUCUUUGGUCUAUCAUGAGUCUUUCCAGAACAUUUGUGUGAGACCUGCUUUCAUAGUUUUGAGAUGUAAACUAACUCAGUCAUCAUACCUGCUGAGCUGAAACCCCAGCUCUCCUGUUAGGAGGUAAUGACAUGAACUGUUUUAAGCUGAUUUGGUUGUGGGUAAAGCCAAACUUGAAAAAACAUUUAAACAGUAGAUUACUGUCGGAUUGGUAAUCCGGAUUUGUUGAAUGCUGUUUAUUUCUGUCUGUCAUGUUUAAACUGCAGGUUAACUUCACUGGAGGCUGAGGGGCUUACAUUACCUCCAUUAAAUCACAGAAACGUGACAUUUAUCUCUGAAAUGAAACUCCUCUGACACUGCUCUCUGCUGCCUUUAGCUGCUCUGCAGUAAAUAAGGAGCAGCAUCAUGUGUCUGUGUAUGUAUAUAUGUGUGUUUGUUAGAGGACAGACUUCACUCUCCUGUUUUUCGAGCUGGUUCUGUUUGUUUUUCAUUUCUGUUUGGUGAUGUCCUUCACGGCCUCCUAAUGGGUCAGCUGUGAGCUGAACUAACAAACUCUGGUCUUGCGUGUUCCUGAACCAUCUGCUCUGACUGUGAACUUCCUGCAAAUGUUGUAUCCAGACUGCGGCUGGUCUUUGCUUUGAUGUGACUGAAUAUCAUUUGAAAAAAAAAAAGGAAGACAGUUAUUCAGACUUUUUAAAGUUAGAGGCCACGAAAGUCCAAAUCAUUUAACUAAUCUCUACUGUUGUCUUAUGAUUCUUCUUUUCUUUUUUAACCCUCUUUCAUUUUCAUUUUUUUUCAGGGAGCAGAGGGUCACUGGUGUGGUGGUGUUUAUUCUGACAGGACUGUCUGUAUUCAUGUCUCCCAUUUUGAAGGUAAUUCAGACUUUUUUUUUUCCAGAUUUGGGUUUGUACUUUGUCUCUUUUAUCAUGUUUCAUUCUUGUUAGAUGGCUUUGGUUAUGGGGGUUAAAAGGGGAACUGAAAAAAAUAAAUAAAUUCAGGUCCUAACUUUUUGUAGACUCCUCAGACUCAAGUCAGAUUCUGUCAGUCAGAUUUUUUCCCUGAUUUCUGAGUCAGAAUUGCCCCUAAUUUGUAUUAUUUUGAGGACAAAGUCUUGAUUUAGAGACAGAAAUCUGUCUUUAUUCUUUAAAUUUUGAGAUUAAAUUCAGAAGUCUGGCUUUGAAAUCAGACUGCUGACUGCUGACUGCUCUCCUUUUUCAUCCUGGAAUUCUGAAUUCAAAUUCAGAACCAGAUUAUUUCAUGAAAAGAGCUAGAAGUCUGAUUUCAAAGCCAGAAUUCUGAGGGGAAAAUUUUUACCACCUUAAAAAUAUAGCCAGAGUCCGCCCAUUUCUCUCUCAGGCCAGCACGGAGGUGCUGAUGCAUGCUUUUAUCUCCUCACGUUAGAUUAUUGUAAUAUCCUGCUCUCUGGCCUCCCAAAGAAGAACUUACAUACACGCCAGCUUUUACAGAAUUCAGCUGCAAGAGUGCUGACGAGGGUCAGAGGGCGGGAGCAUAUAAUGCCAGUUUUAGCAUCGCUGCAUUGGCUCCCCGUCCGUUUCAGGAUUGAUUUUAAGGUUCUUUUAUUAGUUUUUAGACGUAUUAAUGGUCUUGGCCCCUACUAUUUAUCUGAUUUACUUUUACCAUAUCAACCCUCGCAGACCCUGAGGUCCUCCAGCACAGGCCUUUUAACCUUACCCAAAGUCAAAACAAAAACACACGGGGAGGCGGCGUUCAGUUUUUAUGGUCCCCGGGUGUGGAACAGCCUGCCGGAGAGCCUCAGGGCUACAGAGACUGUUGAUAUUUUUAAGAAGAGGCUCAAGACUCACUUUUUUAACCAGGCCUUUUACUAAUUGCCAUUUGAGAUUUCUCUUAUUGCUAAUGUUAAUUUUAAUCAAAGUUCUUAAUGUUUAUUUUAUGUCAUUCUAUCCAUUAUCUCUGUUCCUAGCCUUUUUUUUUUUAAAUUUCCCGUCACAGGUUUUUACUUCUUUUACCCCUUUUUUUUAUUUGUUCAUUUAACAUUAUUAUUUUCUUAUUUUAAGUCCAUCAGGUUUUACUCUUUUCACCAUUUUUAUCUCUAUUUUUAUCUCCAGUGUUUCGUAAAGGUAGCUUUUUCCUCAUGUAAUGUCUCGGUGUCAGGCCAUGUCUCUUUAACUUAUAUCGUAAAUUCUCACACUGUGUGCGGUUGUGUGUGUGUGUAUGUGUGGGUGAGUGAGGGUGGGUGUGUGUCUUUGUGUAUGUGUGGGUCCAUGGGUGUAUGUGUGGGUGGAAGGGUUGGGUUUUUGUCUUCAUUGUUGUUUUUAGCCUCUGUGAGGCUAUUUGAAGUGCAUUUCCUUAUGUACGAAAAGUGUCAUAUAAAAGCUGAAUUGAAUUGAAUUGGAAAAAAAUCUGAAUUUUGAAAAAAAAAAAAAAUCUGAAUUAAAAAAAAGAAAAAUUAGACCCCUAUAAUUUUUGUUAAGUGGCCCCUAACCUUUUCGUCAUCAUGAUAACUGUUGUUAUCACAUAUUGAGGGAUUGUGUUGAGAUCAACUCAAUCCAAAGUUAUUUACAUCUGCCAGACAGAUAAAUAAUAAACAGUUUAAUCAGGUAAAAAAGUUUUCUCUUUACAGUUUUUAUUUUAAAAAAAUACAGGGAACAUAUAAUGAUCUGAAAGAAAUUAUGACCGUAAAAAUAUAUAUAUAUAUAUUUUUGCAGGUUUAAUUGGAGGUUACAUUAUUAUGGCAACUGCUUGAAGAAACUUCGACGAGAACCUUGGCCUGAUUUGUCCUUUGUCUUACAUUCACCUGAGAUAAUCUGCAGCUAAAGAUGAUGACAGAGUUACAACAAGUUCAAAUAUGUGUACUUUUAAACUGAUGUGUUUUUUUCUCCCUGUACGUUUCCUAGUUUAUACCCAUGCCUGUGCUGUACGGAGUCUUCCUUUAUAUGGGGGUCGCCUCUCUUAAUGGGGUGCAGGCAAGUGUUGCAUUGACUACUUUUUAAAGCAAUCAUGUAUCAUGUUUUACUAAUCCUGAUGCGCUGACACAAGGCUGACCUCUUCCAUUCUUGUCCUCCUCUCUGUAGUUUAUGGAUCGUCUCAAGCUGCUCCUGAUGCCGGCCAAGCAUCAGCCCGACCUGAUUUACCUGCGACACGUCCCCCUCAGGAAGGUCCACCUCUUCACCUUCAUCCAGGUCCUGUGCUUGGCUCUGCUCUGGAUCCUCAAGUCAACUGUGGCUGCCAUUGUGUUCCCUGUGAUGGUAAGUUACAUUAAGACUGGCCGUGUGUGUCAUGCCCUGAAGCUGUAAACGACUCAUGUUUGGAGAUUAGAAACUUAAAGCUUGAGUCAGAUGAGUUGAAAUGUUCAGAGAUAAAAGUAGUUCACUUCAGUCAGUUUUACCUGAUCCAGCUGGAUUAUGACACAAAACCACUGUGACAUAGUGGUCACUUCUACAGCACCCAACACUUUAAUGAACCAUUUCUCAUGGUAACUUAAACGCCUCUUUAUCAGGGCCUUUGGCAUCGACUCACAUGAGGGAGAAACAAGUGUGUCUUAACUUUUUAUUCAAACACUGCUUCAAAGUCCUUUGACAAACACUAACAAAGUCAUUAUGUGCGUUUCCUCCUCUGCUUUCAGAUUCUCGCUCUGGUGGCGGUCAGGAAAGCAAUGGACUACAUGUUCUCUCAGCAUGACCUCAGCUUCCUGGAUGAUGUCAUCCCAGAGAAAGACAAGAAAAAGAAAGAGGACGAGAAGAAGAAGAAUAAACGAGGGAGCAUGGACAGUGACGCUGAAGAUGUAAGAUAGAUACUAAAAUGAGCUAAUACUUCAUUUUUCUUGUGGUCCUGUAAUUCAUUUAAAAUCAACAGCACAAUCAAGUGUCAAGCCCAUCACCAACCUCCACCAAGUUUUUUUUAUUUUACUUUGCAGCAACAUGUGGAUUAUGUUUCAAUGAAGUUUUCAGACCUCAUGUUUUCCUCAUACAGCCUUUCAUUUCAGUGGUUUUACAGCUUUUGGAGGAAUAAUGGACUUCCUGCAGAUUUUGGAUAAUCUCAUUUGACUGAUAAAUUCCAUGCUGUCACACUCGAGCUGCAGAUGUCAUUAGAAGGAUUAUACUUAGGACUAAUAAGAGGACUUUUUAUCAUGGUUAAGUUCUCACUAUGAAUCUGCUCUAUAGAAAAGAUCGAAUGAUAUAUCCAAUUUCAUAAAAGUCAAAAGUUGUAAUUUACUGAACGGAUGAUUUUUAGAUCCUGACCACAAGUUCAGACAAGAGUUUAAAAUGUUCAGGCUCCAAGUAAAAGUUCCAGUUUAAAAAUGUUAAUCACAUUUUAGAUCUUAGAAAAGUUCAGCAGCAUUAAAUAUAAGCUCACUUUUUCAUACAUAAACCAAUGUUUUGUAAGUUGAUGAUCAGUCACGAAACUGUGUGUGACUCUGUAGUGGAAGUCACUGCAUCCAAAUCAAACUGUUAAAUAAAAGUGUCCCACCAUAAGAUUAGUGCUGACACUGAUGCUCACAGAGGUGCGGUCUCAGGAUGUGUUUCCUCUCUUUCUGACAGUCUGACUAUCCUUACAAUGAGAAUGUUCCCAGCAUUAAAAUCCCCAUGGACAUGAUGGAGCAGGAGCCCUUCUUAGGUGAUAAGACCUCUGACAGUGAGUAGACCCAAACCGCCCGCAGCACCGGAGGAACGACACUGCCUCGUCUUUUUCUUGAUCCCGUCUGACUCCUUCUGCUUCCUCAUCUAGACUCUCGUAUGAGUUUGCGUCUAACAGUGAAUGCUGUGGCCUGCUGAUCUUUAACUUUCUGCAUGAUGCUAACUUUUCUUUCCUUCUUUGCCUUUUUAUUUCAAAUCAGCAUGAAAUUAACUCUCCUUUUCUCUCUUUGUAUUGGUGAUAUAGUGAGCUUACAUGUUUUCUUUUUUCCUUUUAACAAAACCGCUUUUGCCUUUUUAUGUGAACUGUAAAGGUUAAGCUUGAGAGAUGCAUCGUUUGUCCAUCACCUCAAACUUUCGUAGCGGCGUAUCUCAUUGGCUCUUGUUGAAAGUCAGUUUGUUGGUUAUGAAAAGCUGCUGCUGACGAAACUUUAAAAGGUUUUAACACAUGUACACCUGCUCACUAAUGUCAGUGUCUGUAUCUUCCUCAGGAGAGAAGUCCCCUUCAUUCCUUGAACGACACACAUCGUGCUGAGCAGCUUCGCUACUACCAGGCUAACUGUUUAUCCAGGUGAGAUAUAGCCAGGCUCAAGUUAGUGCUAAAAACAGACCAAAGCUGAAAAUAUCUGCAGCGGAUUUUCUUUGAUUUUUAUUCUCUACUCUGGUAGCAAAGGUCACAGAAGGUCAGAACGCAGGCUAACAAGUUCACGUUUGAUGCUGGUCUGAACUUUAAAGGUUAUUCAGGGUAAUUAACUUAUCAAAUGCAGCUCAACUGCACUUUUUCAGACACUAUCAGCUUGGAUCAAAUGUUUUUGAAGAUCCUCUCAAGCUCCGUCAGAUUGGAUGGAGGGGUCGUUGAUACACAGCUGUUUUCAGGUCUCUCCAGAGACGCUCAAUAGGGUUAAAGUCUGGGUUUCAGCUGGCUAACACAAGAAUUUUCACAUCCUUGUUUCAAAGCUAUUUCUUUGUUUUCUUGGCUGUGUGCUCAGUGGUUGUUAUCCUGUGGGGAAUGCCCAAGUUCAAGCACUCCAGACCAGGUUUUCAUCUAAGAUCUCUAACCGGACUGGUCACCUGGUUUCAUGAUGCUUGGCCUUCAGCCCAAAGAGUUUAAUCUUAGUCAUGUCAGACCAGGGAAUCUUGUUUCUCAUGAGAAAGGUGAACUUGAAAUGGGCUGUCAUGUGUCUUGUGGUGAGGAGUUGCUUCUGCCUGAGUUGAACCUCUGGAAGGUUCUCCUAUGUCCAGAGAAGAAUCUUGGACUGGUCAGCUCCCAAACCAAGGCUCACUUUCUCUGAUGGCUUGAGGAAGAUUCUUGGUAUUUCUAGACUUCUUUCAUUUUCAAAUCCUGGAGGCGACUGUGUUCUUUAGGACCUUCAGUGCCACAUAAACCUUUCAGGACCCUUCCCAAGAUCUGUGCCUCAUCACAGUUUUGUCUUGGAGCUCUAUGGGGAAACUUUUGGACUUCAUUGGCUUGGUUUCUGCUAUGGCUUGAAGUGACAAUUUGCAAAGAGGUGUAUUUUUUUUCCUUCCCCAAAGUAAAUCCAUCAGAUUGAAUUGAGCGGUGCAGUAGAAACAUCUCAAAGAUGAUCAGGAUGCAUCUGCUCUCAGUUUUUUUUGUCCCCUAUUGCAGCAGGAACGAUUGGUUUCGCUUCACAAGGUCAGGCACGUCUUCAGCAGUACCAUCAUUUUCAAUGUCAGCGCCACUUUAAUUCCCUGAUAUCUGUUAUGUCAGUGCAUUGUUGAAAUUCAUGUACAUACUUUCUGGCUAUUAUUGCAUGUUGAAGUGAAUUUAGUCGGCCUCUUUAUAGGCCAGGAGGAAAUGAGGUUGAGUAAGAGGGUUAGAGUAAGCAGCAAAGGUUCCUGUCCAGCAUGAAGGUUGUAUAAACUACACCUUUGAAUCCAGGGUCACUACUAAAUUCAGUUUUACGACGAGUGUAAUCUCGUUGGAAUACAUUUCGAUGAGGAGUGAAUAACAUAUUGAAUUACUACAUAGAUUUCUGACCAGAUCAAUGCGAGCUUGUUUUGCGUCACACUUGCGCACUGCGCUUCUGUGAUUUGAGCUUUAGUGGAAACAAUCAGCCUUGAAGGAAGAGAACAAGCCUUGUUUUUUGGGCAGAUAUUUAGGGAGAUGAUUAUGAUGCUCGGGAAGAGAUUAUGUUUCUCAAAUCACGCCCACGACCUCCACGAUCCACGGCUCAUAUACGCACGGGUCAGAUUUUGUUACUGCUUUACCCUAUCUGCUUUACGACUCGCAUGACAGUGCAGACGGAAGAGGAUUAGUGUUUGGGUCAAUGUGUGAAGAGCAGCUGUGAGCUCGGCACAUCUGUGAUGUCCAACGACAAACUAAAGGAUUUGCUUUUUCUAAUUGGUUUCCGACUGUGAGAUCAAACUGGAGGGUUGGCUUUUGUUCAAAUUACUGCUGAUGAACUCCAAGACGGAAUAUUUCUCAGAGUAAAACUUGUAAAAAUGAUCGCAGAGCUGCCACUCCAUUUAAAAGACUACAUAUCCUAGCUUUGCUGCCUGUGCUGAGAAUAACACCAUCCCAUCCUCUCGACCAUAGAUGCAAAUAAAACAGCGGCAGUGAGUCACAGAUGUAUAAUAGCUUGAUCUUGUGUUUCUUAGAGGACCUUGGGCAUUAUGGUCGUCUUGGCACGUGUCUAUUAGAGUCGGUAACAUCUGACGGGACAUGAAUCGCAGUGAUGACAUUACAAAGUAAUCCUGUCUCUGCUAAGACUGGAGCCAAAUUGCUUUGAGCCCAUAUGACCUCGUGGGCCUGCGUGCAAAAUGUUUGAAUUUGUGUCUUCGGUGUGCAAAGCGCAAACGCCGUCUAGCUAUUUUUCUCCAUCUUUAGGUGCAAACUUCAUGUUGUGUUUAUCUAUUUGUCUAUUUUGUGAUAUAAUCAGUUUUUCUAGUAGGAAUUUUCACGCAAAGUCUUAGUUACAAGAGAGUCACAGAGAUCAAAGAAUAGCAGCAGGAUAUAAAAGCAGCUAUUACAACAAUCUUUAAAUUAGCAGCAUCAAAACAUGCACAAACGCUGACUAAUCCUUAAUCCUGGAUCUCAAAUCUUCCCUUUACAUUACAUUCAAAUCUAUGUCCUAACGCUACCUCUCUGUGUCUUCCAGCCCCGAGAUGAGUCCGCUGAAGUCUGUGCCUCAGAUUAGAAUAGACAUGGACCCAGACGACGAUAAUUCAUUUUACUGGAAGAGCCGAGGAUCAGAAACGUCUUUGUGAAGCCCCCAAACCCAGAGCAGAGCAGGGGAAUCCUGCAGCACCUGCAAGACGCCCUUCUCCUUCUUUUUCCUUCUUUUUUUAUUUUACUUUCGACAUUGUUUUUAACUCCAAAUCCUCUGUGUGAUUGAAGGACUUUGAUCUGAAGAGAAAAAAAGUGAACUGUCUCACAUAGUGACAUUUUAGAGACUAAUUUUUUAAAUAAUGAAGCUAUCUGAAUCCUCACAGCCUCCUCUUUGUAUUUUCUCACUGAGUAACCACUCUCAAGUUCAUAUACUGUUUAAUAUCACUCCUUCCUACUCUUCUAUGCAACUCCUCUCACACAUCGCUGAUUUACGGUAAACACUGCAGCUCUCUUACCACGCAUGGUAAACCCCUCCUGGUCUUUUUUAUAUGAAAAUAUAUAAAUAUCCUCUAUCUGAAUUUUUUUAUAAAUGGAAUUACUCUAAUAACAUUUUCCUGUAGCAGGAAAAUUAUGUUUUAUAGCUCUACCUCUAUGUUUAGGAUAAAUGCUCAUAAUGAAAAUACAACAUGUUGAUUUUUGACACAGCAUGGGGUUUUCAUAUUUUCUCUCUGUUAUCUAGUAGAGUUAAAAUGAUUCAAGAGAUUCACUGUAUUAUAGCUCGUAAAGAAAUGUGUGCAGAUAGAUAUAUUAAGUUACUUAACGGUGAAUUAACAAUGCAUAUUUGAAUGAGCAGAUGAGGUACAUAUUUUUAUGAUCACUUUUUGAUGCAGUUUGAUUGCUUCACCUUCUAAUUUUCUGAACUUUUUCUCUCAUGUCUUCACUUCAAACUUUUGUUACUUGUUUAAAUUAAAUCAAACAUUUCUGUAUCUUUUUUCUUCUUUUUUUUUAAAUGAUUACAUUAUGUGUGUAUGUUGGUAAUUUUCUCGUGACCUUCAUUUUGUUUCUUCAUUUUGCGGGUAGCAGACAGUAAAGCGAUUCAUAACCAUCUGAUAGUUUCAGCCAAACUUUAACUCGAACUAGGAAUGCAUAUCAUGUGAUUGCUUGUGCUGCACAAACUACUUUACCUAAGUGGCUUAUAAGACAUCAGUCCAGACUGAAACUCUCAUGAUAACAAUAUAAAUCAAAAGAAGGGAAACAAGUCUACUUAUAGUCCAUGCCGUCCGACAGUUUCACUCCAGUCUUGGUUGCUGAUGAAAAGACACAGAUGUUAUGUUACAGCUCAAAAGAACCCUCAUGUGCUACUUUCAUGCCAGUUUCGUACUCUGAGUUGUUGGUCACUAUUUGCUUCUCACACAGUCUGAAACACAAGUCAGUCGGCUAUUCUAAGUCUGCACUAAAACGCAUUGUGGAGCAGACAUGAGGACAUUAACAAUUUCGUUGUUCCACUUUAUGACACUUUACACCUCUUUCGUUCCAUCGUUAUCAGAGGGGGAAUCUCUCUUAUACUUGUUAUUCUGCUUAAUGCACUCAACAACUUAAGUUACAUUACGUCUGCAAAUCUCUGCAAAGCAUCUAUAAUUCACCCACUUUUACAGCUUCAAAGUUAUCCAGCAUGUUUUUGUCGGUGCACAGGGGUGUGUCCGGAAUUUUUUGAUUGGGGCACCAAAAAGGCAGGGGUGGCCAGUCAUUGUCCUACAGUAGUUUUAGUCCAGUGUAUUAUUUAUUGACCUCUUAAAUGCAAAAAUAUAAAUCUUUUUUGCUUGAGUCUGUAACAGCUAAAAAACAGUUUGUCCAAAGUCACAUUUGAAGGCAUGUGGAACAUUUAAAUACUAUUAAGUAUCUGUGCCCAGUAUAAAACAGCCCAAUUUAUUGAUAUCCACAGGAUAAAAAAAACAAAGCGAUACAAUACAGAAUUAUUAUAAUAUAAUGUAAAAGAAGCCUCUCUGCAUAGUGACUACCUAGAAUUUUGCAGAGAGCAUUGAAUACUUUUGACAGUUUUAUUCUUUUUUUAUGUUAAGGCUCCUGUGAGGAAUUGUCUGACUGUGUCAGUUUUAGUGCCCCCCAUGGUCAAAGCAACCUUGACUUAUACCAUCCUCUAAAUGCUUUAGGAGUGUCUCCUGACAAAAAAAUGUCAUCCUGCUGACUUUUGACAGUCAAGUGUAUCUUUUAUUGUAAAUAUAUUAAGCUGCUUGGCUGAUACCUAACCCCUCCUUUGUUACAAGCAUUGACAAAUGGCGCUUUUCAAAUGGUCCACCUUGUCCUUGGUGGUUUUAUUUUCUUUCUGAUCUCCUAAAAAGGCAUUAGUAUGAAUUUCAGUCUAUGUAUGAAUGUUCAAAAACUCUUCACAGGAGCUUUAAAGAAAAAUCUGUGUACCUUGGCCACCAUCACUGUCAUUCCUGGGUUAAGUCUUAAUGUCUGGUUAUAUUACAGCUGAAGAUUUCAGACUUUUUGUGUUGUUCAGCAGAUGAGGAUCAUAACUUGAGAAACCCUUUCUUAAAAAGUGAAAGUCUUGCAUUUGACUAAUAAAUUACAUUAUGUAAACGGUAGUAAUGUCCCACUUUAGAGUGAUUCACUUGUACUAUAAGUAGAUGAUAAUUGGCCAUGAGUUGAUGCUAAAAUCCCCCUCAAAUUGUAAAACUCAAAAAAACAUCCCUAGAGAAUCAUCAGGUAAAACGAGCUCCAAUUUGCCAGCAACAUUAUGACACUGAUGAGAGGCAAGGCAAAAUGCCAAUCAAAGUGCAGAAUCUUUAAUUGGCACCUUGGUCAGGGUGCAGGGGGUGGGGGCUGGGGUACCCCUGGCCACUUCUUUGUAUACGCCCCUGUUGUUGACAAAACAAAGGGAUUCAAUACUGAGUUAUGAUGUAAAUAAAAAAAAUUACAAUAUUUUCACUAAAUAAAGUAAAAAGUCAUCAUGGCCCAAGUGUAGUAUUUCCCUUGAAUAUGUGAACAGAAGCAGGUACUUAAAUUUGCAUUUAAGGAAUUCAUAGAACUUCAUCUUGUGUUAAAAAGAUAUUUUGCCUUUUAUUGUGAGAUUAACAUUUGAGUAUGAACCUCAAGUUAUUGAAGCAACACAUUUUUGCUCAAUAUAUUCUGUUUCCAUCUCUUUAAGUGUAGUCACAUCAGAAAAUUCUCCUUUACAGUGACCAAUGACUCUUGAUGCACUCAUGGCUUGCAGUUGUUGUGCUUUGAUAGACUUGUAAAUGUAAAAUCUUAACCUUACAGCAACAUCCGCUGUUGUCUUAGGUAAUGGAAAUCUUCUGCAGAUGUCAUAAAAACAUUAAUAGUCUUAUUCAGAAGGGUUCAGGCCUCUUCUGUGUGACUUCUCCACUCCUAUUGGUCAGUAUUUCCUACACCAUAAUGAGCCGGAACAGGUUUCUGUCAUUUUAGUACCUCCACUUCUAUCUCUAAAGGCACACUGACGCACUUUCUCACUUGUUUUUCUUUUUUAAAGUGUAAAUGUGUCACAGAUUUCAUUUGAAGCUGGAAGUCCUGUUUGUCUUGAUCACCACUAUAGAAAUAAAUUAAUCUGUUGGUUCAACGAGCCGCUUUCCUCCUUUUAAAAAUCUUGUACUUCACAAAGGCACGUCGGCUCGAACCAAAAUGCAACAGCUUAUUUUGUACCGUCUUUCUUUUUUGGGUUCUGUUAAGGGAAGUCUGCUGUAGGUUAAACUCACAUCUUUGUUCAGAGCCGUAUACAAUAGAAAGUGGGGACAAAUACGACUGAACGUCCGAGUUUUAAGUAUGUCUUUCAAAAAUCUCCACCUUUAGAUAAAAACUUGUUCAUUUUAGCGUCAGAAGACUGGUUUAAUUUUUUUGUUUGUUUUCGAUUAACUUUCUGUGACUUGUAGAACAGGUGAGAUGGUUUAUUUUAGAGUUUAUAUUUUUCAAAUGAAAUGUAUAUUGAAAAUAAACAGAAUGAUCAAACAGUGAA